GCCUUUCUCAAAUAGAAGUUUAUUUUAAAACGGUAAGUGAACAUUUUUAUAAUUUAUAACAAAAUUAUAAGUAUGUCGUACGCCAGAAUUUUCUUGUAUACUUUAUUUCUAUAUAAAUUACAACUUAUCCUGUAGCAUGAUGAUUUUUUAUUUUUUAAUAAAAUAAUAAAAAUUGUACAUUGUAUCAAUUUUAAGAAGUUUCUAAAUGCAUGCACCUAUUUAUCAAUUUAAAAAUACAUUUAACUUAAGAAUCACUAACUCGACAACUUACUCGGGUUUAGAUACAUGAUUAGAGUCAUAGAUGUUUUUUUAUCUAUAUUGGUAGGUAACUAAACAUCCAAUAAGAAACUAUGCGUAUUGUUAAGUAUUAUAUACUUGGUUGUAACAGAUAUAUAUUUAAUUUUAAAAACAUUAAUUGUUCGUUUUAGACGUGUGCUUGUUUUAUUUUAAAUUAUGAGCACAGCGAAGAAUGUAUUGGUUUUACAAUGAUGUUUAUUUUCUGUAAACAACUUUUCUACUAGCAAUUUUGCACCUGUUUACAAGUAUAUCACUUUUUAAGAAAGAAAAUCUGGCUGGGGUGGUACUUUAGGAAGGUCUUUUUUUUAAUUUUCCCUGUUUUCAUAAUAAAUGGGAAAAAACAUAGGAAAAACGGGAAAAUAGGUACAAUAUUAAUCAAUAUUAUUAAAGAAAAUUAUAAUGCUUAUGUAGUUAUUUUACCAUUAUAUGAUAAACAUAUUGUUGACAAAACAACACUAUCAACCGAACUCCACUCAGAAUCGUUUUUUCGUUAGCAAUGGUUUAUACAAUAAAUUCCCCCUCUACUACCUUUCAAACUUCUCACCUACAACAGUGCCCCCCACCGUGUGAAGUAUGUCCGUAUAUAUUUUUGUUUGUAGAAGUACAGUAGAACAGUAUGUAUCAAGACGUGAAGUGUAUUUUCUGCAAGAAAAUGUUCUCUAAUUUAUGAAUUGGAAAGGUCAUUUUUUUUCUUUGUAAAUCUAUUAAUAAUUGGGGUAAAUCGGGAAAGUUUAAUCAACACCAGUUUCCGUUGUUUUUACUUUUGAGUUUUGUUGUACCUAAUUUAAAAAUAAUCUUAGCAACUAUUUAGUAUUUUUAUUGUAUAUUAUUAUUGUUGUAAUUAAGCCGAGUUGGUUUUUAUUUAAUUUUUUUUUUGUCAAUGCUGAACACAGGAUUCACUCGCACAAAAUCAAAAUAUAUUUUACUUACUUUAACUUCAUACACGUUAUUGAAUAAUAAUAACAAAUUAUUACUUAUAAGAUAGACUGGCGCUUACCAAUCUAAAUAGUGUAUUGUGUAAAUAUAGUUGUAAAUUUAAUAAUUUAACAUCGUGUUAAAAUUAAUAUAAAUUGAAAUUGACUUGACGAGAUACAAUUCGAAAUCGACUUUCAAUAUUUUAUCGGUACAUUCAGCAUGAUGUGAACAUAAAUAAGUUUAGUUGGGUAAUAAAUAGCCAAAGGUGUUAAAAGUUAAAUUAAAAGUUAACUUUUUAACUCAUUAAUAUUAGGAUUUUUUUUCCACAAUGCCCGCGAAUCAUUUUAAUCCGUUAAUGCAGCGUAAUAAUAUUAUAUCGUAUUAUUCUUAUCACGAGUUUACCGUGGAAGUCAGCUGCGCAGUGACCGUAACAAACAAAUCGCAGUUGAUAUUUCAAACCGAUCGCCCCGCGUACGACCGGGAAUUUAUAUGAUUGCGUCGGAUUGUAACGAUAUUGUUGUUGUGUCGGGAUAUAUUCUGGAGUUGAGAUUGUAUAAUAAUGCGCAGGUAUACUGGGCGAUAUAGAAUACGACUUCGAGAUUAUACAGUAUGCGGCGAUGAAUAUUCGGAAUGUUUCAUUAUUAUACGAACCAUUAUAAUGGACGAAUUAGAUUACGAGCGUCUUGAGCCGUAAUAACGAUGCUUUUCAGCGUCUCUGGUCGCACGAUAAAUUUCUGCUCCAGUAGCAAUCUGCUGCAUUUACAAAAACUCGGGAAGUUCACCGAACUUUUCAACUAGUGGAAGUUAAAUUGUUAUGAAAAAUUAUAACUAUGUUAAGGGUAAAGUGACUUUUGUAAAACUAGCCUUUACUAUAUUAUACGCACUUAUAAGUAUGAUUUCGCUCUAAUAAAUUCGCAGUUAUGUUAUUUUAAAUUUUAUUUUUGUUGUUAUUCAGUUAAUAAUGUUUGUUGAGACUUGAAAUUCAGGCAGAAAACUUUUAUUUGCCUUCUCUAGAAGUGAUUAAAUUUUUAUAUUUUAUAGCUAUUUAUUAUUUAUUUAUUUAAUUUAUAAAAAUAAAAUAAGUAUAGGUAUAUCUACUCGGUGGAUAAAAUUGAUGGACCAUACAGAAAUGUUUGAAAAUUUAACUGGAGGUUCAAUAUUAGAGGUGAUUAGUAUUCAACGAGAAAAAAAAUUAAUUUUAAUGCAUUAGGUUAUUUUUUUUUAUACGAAAUUUAGUGUCAAAUUUAAACGAAAAUCGUAAUACAUACAGUUUCAAAACAUGUUUAACCGCUCAGAAUCGCUUUUCGAUAGUAACGAUUAAUCGUUGCAUACCAAAAUACAUUAAUCUCCCUUUUAAAACCUAUACCUUUCUAACUUCUCACCUACAACAGUGGCCCACCCAUCGUGUGAAACGUGCCGGUUUUUUUUUGUUAUUAUUAUUGUUAUUACUAUCCCUGGCGCCGGUUAUUGUAAUAUAACAACAACAAUAAUAAUAAUAUGGCCAGAAGAAACCCGAGGAGAGCGCGCGCAUGUCAAAACACAACGGUUUAUGAUAAUAAUCGUUUAAGACCCGCGCGGACGUCGUAUUUUUUUAUUGUUCUUGUUAUUAUUACUAUAUAUUGGUCUAUGUCAGCUAUGAGGAGGAGGUCCCUUUUGGGGGCGAGCGACUAGUCCCGCCCAUUUUCGUUUCGGUAUAAGGGAUACACUUACUCACAUAGGCAGGGAUGGUAAACACACAUAUAUGCCAGUAUUCAGUAGGUUCUGCGAUAUUAUUAUACGAACUAGCAGCCGGCCACGACGUGAGAAACAGCGACACGAUAUCGGUAGUCGGUUUUUUCUUUUUUAUUUGGUUCUUCUUGAAAUAUUAGCUAUUAAUGAUGACGGAUUUUAGAACGCUAUUGUACAUUUGAUAAUUGUCUCGGUCGAAAAUCACAUAACCAAUAGUAUAAUGCUGUCGUCUUACAGAAAAGGUCAGUAAAACUACCAAAUGUGUAUGUGUGUGUGUGUGUGUGUCGUAGUAAAAAGAUUAAAAAUAAGAUUGUCAUUAUUGGCAACGGUUUUUAUUUAUUUUUUGUUAUUAUUAAGUUUAUAUUAUUUAAACAAUUUUUUAAUUUUUUUUUAUUAAUAUCGUUGUCGUGAAAAGGCACAUUAUUAAAAAAACAAUACUGUUGACCUAGUACUCUGCUCAGAAUCAUUUUUCGUUAGCAAUGAUUAAUCGUUGCGUACGGAUAUAAAUUUAAUUCUUCUUUAUAUAUAACCUUUAUAACUUCUCACCUACAACAGCGGCCCACUCGUAGUGCAAAGUUUAUGUCCGUUCAUUUUCUUUGUCGUGUUCAGAAAUUCAUCGACAAUUUCAGUACUUUAGAUAGCCUAUAGUAAUUAUUAUUAUAUUUUUUUUCUACACGCGGAUAUGUCGUGAGAACAUUCCUCAUAAAAUAGUUUUUUUUUUUUUAUAUAAUAUACUAUUAUAUUAUAGAGAUGUUAUAAUCAGACCGAUAAAGUGUACGUAUAGUGGAACAACAACUUAAUAUUAUUUACCAAUAUUAAUUUUACAAAAUCAUGGUAAUGUUUUAUAAUUAACUACAUGUCAUCGAUAAUAUCUGUAGUGUAAAACACUAAUAAUCACUAAAUAAUAUUAUUAAAAUAUAUUCAGUCUUCUAGAAUUCAACAGGCAUUUCUCGGUUUUCCUCGGAUCCGAUUCACAUAAUAUUAUUAUAAUUCAACGGAUGACAAAAACUUUGUAAAAAUUACAAGGUGCGAUUUAUAACCUAACGAGACGUCACAUAAUUUUAGAUUAGGAGCGUAGCGAAGGAUCUAUUAGUCUUUUACUAUGAUGUGUAAUUUUUUCUGUCUGAAAACAACAUUUCAAAAGAAAACAUGCGCCAAUCAAAAAAAAAAAAAGGACUAAACACCUAUUUUUCAUUGAAUUUCAGGUCUAGUCGGUGCGUGAGAGUAAUCACUUUUCGAUUUUCCGAGGGGUAUGCAAAAUAAUUUGGAAAACCCGGAUUCGGGAAAUAUUUACGUUUUAUUUAUUCUUUGUUUUUACUAAUUUGUACUCACUAUUAUGUUAUGUUUUCUACUAGAAAACUACUCAAAGAGAAUAACGACGAGAUAUCUUUUUGGGGGUUUUUAAUUUAGUUGGCGAAUAAACAAGUGGUUUUUUGGAUUUUCAAAGUGACUUUUUUAAUAAUUGGGAAAAACCGAAGAAAAUGGUAGAAUGAACGAAAUAGUUUACAGAUCAUUUUGUGCUGUUCUAUGCUUAUUUGGAUUUAAAUUAAGUCAUUGAGUAAAUUAAUUGAUUUUAUACUCACCUACUGAUCCGACACGACUCUUUUACAAUACAGUUCAAUUAUUGCACCCGAAGUACAGUUAAAUUAAUUACUUACAUUAUAAGCGGUACCCGGUGUAGAAACUCAUGAGGGAAUUAUCAUUCAAGCUUUGCUCCCACAUUACCUUAAAAUAUUUUAUUAAUAUUUAACCACAACCACCACAAAAAUAGUUAAGUUAAUGUAUUUAUCAAAUUAAAAUUCCAUAUUAUGAUGUGGUCUAAACACCAACCGUUAAUAAAAUUAUUUUUACAAGUACAAUAUCAAUACAAUAAUGGUGACGACCGUUAAAUUGUAAACAUAUAAUAUAAUAAUAAUAUACAGAUUACCGAUUAGACUAUCGAUAUUACUAUCUUAUUAGUUUUACAUUAUUAUUUGCUCUUAUUUCAAAUGUUAAAACGAUGUAUCUAUUAGGUAUUAUUUAUUUACUAUAUUAUUGUAUAAUAGUAUAAAACACUAGUUUAUUUGUUUUAAAAUUUUCAUCUGUUGUCCGUGAUUUUAUAUUUGUUUUUCUCCAUUAGCAAAAUCGUCCGCAUGUGCAACUGCACCCUCAUGUCCUCCAUCCCCGCCCAAAUGCCGCCACUUAACUGAAAUACUUACGUAUUAGGCACCACUGUUUACGAGUUUACAGGACUUUUGAUAAUAUUAUACUAGGUAAGCCAUCGUUAAUGUAUUUAUCGCGUGAUUUGUUCGUAUUUUUCAGGAAAAGAAGAUACUUCCAACGAAGUAUAUCAUCAUUCUGCCGGCUCGUCGUACCCAAGUCCGUCGAGUAUGCUUCUAUUCCAGACACAGGUUAGACAGCGGAUAAUUUAAUAUAAUAAUUAUUAUUCUUCUACUUGUAUACAGGUACAACAUGCGUCAGUUAUAAUAGUAAUAUCAAUUAUAUGAGUCAUCCACAUGGCUUAUACCCCAAGCUCAUAAUAAAAAUUAUUACCGACGACGGCAUUUUAUUCUCACGCGUGAUUUGUUCAGAGAAAAAAUAAAUUCUAUAUUCGCAUAUCAUACCGAAACAUAGCUAUAUAAUAUUUAUAUACACAACAUCAGAUAUUGUUUUUAAUUUUUCAAACGCUUGUAGCGCACGAAACUUGUUCAUGAAAACCUGUCCGAAUCACCCGAACGUUUCAUAAUGUAAAAAACAAAAAAAUUAAUCUAAAAUAUAGGUAUCUAGAAAUCAUAAUAAAUUAUUUUGUGCGUAGGUACUUAAACUUUUAAUUAUUUGCCAAUCAUAAUCUUAAAUCUAAAUAAUAAUAAUAUACAUAAAUUUAUAUAAACUUUAAAGCAGCCGCUAGGUGUAGUUUAUAGGGGUGGAAAAAAAUAUUGCAGUAUACACUAUUUAUACGCUGCAGUCAAUCAAGUUGAAAAGUUUGCAAAAGAAUUCAAACUUGUGUUGUGGACAGUGACUGAUAUAAUACACUCGUAGUAUAAAAAAAAAAUAAUAUUUUUUUUAAUCUCUAGUGAAACUCAAUGUUUUUUGUUUUUCGAUGAAAUCGCGUACCUGAUUAAACUUAUCGAAUCAGUGGGCGCAACCAGGAAGAGGUCCCCGAAUCGGAAGCCCCCCUUGAAGAUUUCUGUAUUUAUAAAACCAUGCACGUAGAAAUUAUUUAUUUAAUCUGGAAUUUGAUGUAGAAUAGCAAUAACGGUUUUGUGAUAAAGAAAGUCUUUGUAAUUCUCCAGCCCCUCUCCGCAUUUAAACAAAUGUGCGUCACUGUAUCAAAUUGUGUAUUCAAAUUUUAAGAUAUUUCGUUCGAUAACUUAUGCCUACUUAUACUAUUAUGACAACAAUUUGUUAUUAUAUAUUUUAUAUAUAAUCGUUUGGAGAUUUCGCAGAAAGCCGUACCACCAACAAUUUGCAUACUAUUUUUCGAUUUAUGUGAAUUAAAUUUGUUUAGCUCCGUAAUAAUACUUGUUAUAAUCCGUUAUACUUGGUGGCGGAAAAAGAAUUGAUUGCACUAUUUCCCUACUUCCCACCUUUAAAACAGCAUUAUCACUCGUUCAUCCAAUUUUUUUUUUUUAAAUUUCUAGUGCAAAGCAGCUAUAUAAUUGAUCGGAAAUUAACACAUCGAUAUUAAACGAAACUUCACAUAGUAAUAUGUGUUUUGUUUUAUCCUGGCAUAGUUUACAUGCGUAUAUGAUUUUUUUUUUUUUUUACAAUAUCUACGUGUGAGAUCAAUUAAUGCUAUCGGUGUUUCAAUAAUAACUAUAAAAAAUUAAAAAAUAUUGUACACGUCGUAAUAACAGGCAACAAUAAACUAAUAACGUAUCGAAACAGUUAUCGCAUGGUUUAAAGCACAUAGAUAAAUAUACCUAAUAAAAAUAUGUGCCUACCUAUGGUAAAACAUUUUUUUUUCAUGUUUUACAUUUUCGUUGUCGACAUUUGUGUGCACUUUGCAUAUUUGAUUAUAUGAGUGAGUUAGCUCAUAAAAGAGCUUCUCUGCCCUAGAAAUCAGUGGCAUUAUUUCACUAAUUCAAUAUGAAAUGGUACCUACCGUGUUUACAUUACGAUAUUAUUAUUGAAUUGCGUAUUAUUGAUGAAAUAAUGUACCGGCAUUUUUUUUUUUUUUUUUUAAAGAACUAUCGUCAGUGUUGAAACGCAAACAUGUAAAAUUUAUCUAGAUAAAAAUAAAAAAUAAUUGGACUAAGCUUAUACAAACUUAAAUAAAGAUGAUAUUUAAGUUAUUUCAGAUAAUGGAUAUUAGUAAUUUAUUUAGAUUCUAGAUGAAAAAAAGUUAUUUAAUCGUCUAUUUUAUUAUUAUAAUAGGGAUAUAGAAUUUUAAACCACUAUUAAAAUAGUUAUGUAAAUGAAAAGAGCGUGUAAAUCACUAGUUAGUAACUUUGAAUUUUUAAUUAAAAGUAAAACUUAUAAUUAAGUUAUUUGAUAUUAAUUUUUAUACAACGAGUAAAAGAUAUUUUUUUUUAUUCACAGGUACAUUUUGUCUAUAUAAAUAAUAUUAUUAAAAUUUAAUAAUUUUUUUUUCAUAAAUGGCCCUCAGCUAAAUAUUCAAAUUUGCAUCUAGUAUAAAGAUAAAAAGAUAAACAAAAUAUGAUCUAGAUGAAUUGUCUAUAGAUUAGUCUCAAAACUGAUUAGUAUUACUGAACAAAAAUAAUAUAUCUAUCACGAAUUGUGAUAAAACAUUUUUUAACAGACGAAAAAUCUAUGCGAGGUGUGAGGGUCGUGACAAACGGUCGAAUUAAACCGCAUGAAUAAAAAAAAAAAAAAAACAAUAAUACAUUUUGAGCGGUGAGUUCAGAUUUUUUUAUAAAAGUACCGUUUUUCAGGCUUUCAUUAUAAUAAUAUUAUAAUAUGUGUGAUCGUGUAAAACCGUAGACGUAUCACGUAUAACUAUGUGGCAACAUAAACACGCAGUGGUCUUUUCAUUCCAUUCGCUUAAGUGCUAUCUUCGUUAUGGAUUACACGGAAAUAUUGUGUCCAAAAGUAUUAGAUUUAAUCCACCCAAAAAAGUACAUUAGUUGUAUUUUUUUUUUUUAAGAAUGUCAACAUACUGUUUAUACGUAACAUCGGAUGGCCUAACUUCAUUGUUGUCAUAUAAUUUAUACAAAAUUAUCUCAUUCGAGAAAUCGCGUUUUUAAAAACCGUUUUUCUUUUCUUUUUUUUUUUUAAUGUUAACAACUUAACAGGUACUAUACCUAUUUAACUGAAAUACGCAACUUGCGACACGCGACAUUUUUACAACACUCGUUUCCUGUUCCGAGAAGUUGGUUUUUUUUUUUUUUUAAAUAUUUUUUAUAUUUAAACGAUUGAAAUGGGACGGUCAUGUUUGGCGGGCUAAUGGAAGUCUUAUAGAGAAUAUUACCUCUACAGGGUAAGAAUAUAAAUCUCAGACCUUAACGAGUCAAUGAAAAUGGAAAAUGCAAUAGAUCGGAAUGAAUAGAGGCGCUUAGUAAAAGUACAUAUACCUACAUAAAUUAAAUUUUAAAAUUUCUCUGUUCCAUUCAAACGAAUAGAACUGCGUAUUAUUGUUAUAAAGCUUUUAUUUUUAUUUCUGAAUAUGAGUUAAAUGCUUGGUUAAUUCUCGGCCUACGGAUUUCUGCAGAAAACCAUAUUAUAGUAAUUUAGCGAUCAUUAUUCGAAUAACAAAACUGCCACGCAUUCGGUUGCAGUGACAGUCUAAUAGCAGUAUAUUUUAGCUAGGGUGCGAUAUUUAAUCAAUUAUUUCGGAUGCAAUGAUAUUGUAUGAAGUUUGGAUAACAUAAUGGUCUGCACCCCACAUAUUAUAUUGUAAUAAUAAUACUAUGCAUAUGUUUUAUCAAUUUUAAAGCAAUCGUUUCUGUGGGGUGGGACGUGGUGCGGUAUCCGAGAGUCAGAUAUCUUGUUACAUUAUGCAGACUUAACGACUUCUGCCCCAGCUAUAAUGCAAUGCGUAUUAUGUUACCGCCAAAAAAUUGAAUUUGGUCCUUCUGCACACUUCAAUAUCCUUCGAGCUGUUUUCAAUUUUUAAUCGAAUAAUAUUUCUAGUUUUUUUUCCCCGACUAUAAAAGUAUUAUAAUUAAAGUUUGCGGGUGCGAAACCAGAAAUACAGAAAUAGAAAUAGCAUUCAUGAUGGUUUGUAUAAUGAUAUAGAAGAUUUGUUAGAGCGAAUUUUGAUAAAAACGACAGUGAAAAAGUGAAACGACAUAAAAUUAAAAUAGAACGAUGGUGGCAUUUGUUUAAUGAUGGUUACAAUCACGGUUGUAACUACCAACUAUUAGACAUGUAUGAUAGCGUGAUAGUUUGAUAGUAGGCUCUCACGAUAUGCGGUGAAUUUCAGAAAUACAUAAAAUAUUAACAGGUAUUUAAUUAAUUUUAACUGUAUUACGAAUAAUGCAUGUAAAAAACCAAGGUAAUGCAUAAAAGAAAAGAUUCAAUAGGUAUUAAACUGAACAUAGGUUAUUUAUACAGAAUAUUCCAUGAUCCAUUGAUAAGAUAUCUCAGAAAGUUAUUGUUUACUAAAUAAAAAGCCAAAUCUUAUUGAAUUAAUUUUUGUAGGUCUACACAUUUUUUUUUAAAUUUAUAAAAUAAUCGAUACCUUGUUGAAAUUAUCAGAGCGAAGCUCCUCAUACGUUACCGUGAGAUAAAUUAUAUUUGUGCAGGAAAAAAUUAUCAUAAUUAAUAAGCCUGUUUCAUAGUUAUACCAUAUUUUCCUGUUAACACACUGAUAGUUCACGAUAGUCACUAUUAAGUUUUCACAAUUAUCGUGAUAAUAAUAAAAUCAUCGUGCGAACUAGACUAAAUAAUUUUCAAAAAAAAUACAUUUGUUUGAAUUCUGCAGGUAUUUAAGUAAAAUUAUAUUUUAUUAUUAGGAUGAUAAAUGCUAAAAAGUGCCGGAAGCUGUAGGAACUAUAAACUGUCGCAGUAUUUAAAUAACAGUAUAUAUGUAAAUCUUUUUUUUUUUUUCAUGGAUUUAAUUUAGAUUUGCAAGUAAUAAAUAAUGUAGUCUCAAAGUUUUAAAUUGCGAAAAUGAUUUGUCCGUACAAACGUUUGGUUAUUGUAAUUGGUUUUACGGUGUGUAAAUUUAUUUAUUUGCAUUUUGAAACCAUUUAAGGGUUUUUAAUGCACUUCAAUCCUUUCAAAUGUUUGGUGUAGUAAAUAGUCAUUCGUUUAAAAAUUGUUUUACACACUCGAUUCAGCAAUUUAUACGCGAUCCGAAAACUUGCUCCGAAGGAAAAUAUUCACGGCAUAAUCGGUUUCAUUGUUUUUAAUUUUUAUGCACCAUGUUUUCUCCCAGAAAUAUUAUGCUUAUCAAAAAAUGUUGAACGCCUUUUAUGUUAAAUUUUGGAACUGGUUGCUUAUGAAGUAAGUUAUUUUUUUAUUUUUCCAGUAUUUAACAUAAUAAUUGGGAAAAACCGAAAUAAAAUGAAAAACUAAAACUAACAAAUUUACAGCAUACGAUUUCAUUAUUUUCAUUUUUUACAAAUUAUGUUUUCUAUCAGAAACCUUGGUUCUAUCAAAAAACGACAAACAAACUGUUUUUUUUUGUAUUUUUAGUUUAGUUAGUAUAAAGCAAUUCAUUUUUUAAUUUCCUUUAUAGUUUUUUUAAUAACUGAGCAAAACCGAAAAAAAAUUUAGAAAGAACGGAAAAGUUUACUGAAAUAAUUAUUUUAUUUUUUUAGAUUUUGUUUUUUUGUUACAAAACUUAUUAAUAGAGACUUGAAAUUUUGAUAGAAAAAUUAUAUCGCCUUUUCUAGACGUGGUCAUUUUUUUAACUAUGUAUUUAUCUUAUGUUUGCGAGUUUUUUACGCAGUUUUUAUUUGGUAGGUAUUAAGUGAAUAUAAUUGUUUGACUUUUUAAAAAUUUAACAAGAUAGUAAUUUUAAGUUAUACUUAGUGAUAAAAAAAAAAAAAAUAGAGUAUAAAGGAUCAAUUUUUUUUUUUUUUAUAAAUAUUAAGAUCAAAUUUUAAAUAAAAUCCAAAAUAUUACAUCCAAACAAAUCAUAUAUAAACGAACUUUGCUCCAAAUCGUUUUUCGUUAGCAAUGGUUUAUCGUUGAUUACAAAUAUAAAUUAAAUAACCUUAUGUAUCAUAUCUUUCCAACUUCCCAGCUACAACAGUGGCGCACCCAUCAUCAGCAUUAGCCUUUUUUUUUCUAUCCUUUCGUUUUCAUAAUAUAUUUAUAACAUUUUUUUUUUUCCAACAAUCGGUCAAACUGUAGACCGUCUACGUGUUACAGUAGUAGUAUAUUUUAAAAGAAUAUAGUUUCAAUUAAUUACAUUAUUUACGUGUGUCUCCGUCAUGUUAGGGUACAAAUAUUCACUUAAAACCCAUUCCCUUUGAAGAAAGAGCUAAAAAAAAAAAAAAAAAUGUUCGUACAAUUUUCCCUUGGGAUUUUACAAUACGAGGUCUGGCUAUUAAAAAACGAGACUGCUUAUGAAAAAUGGUUUUAUUUUAAAAAUUAUUCCACAACCGAAUGUUCCCCUUCAAUAUACUCUCCUCCCCUCUUCACACACCGUUUCAUUCGUUUCUUCCAUUGCUCGAGGCAGUGCUGGAAGUCUGUUUUCGUAAGACCAUUCAGGAGUUUCGCCGAUUUUUGUUUCACCUCUUCCAUCGACUCAAACCGGAUUCCUUUUAAGGCAGACUUUAUCUUCGGAAACAAGUAAAAGUCGCAGGGUGCCAAGUCGGGUGAGUAAGACGCGUGUUCGAGUACUGGAGUGCCUUAAGCGGCCAAAUAACGCUUCACAGACAGCGCGUUAUGGGCAGGUGCGUUAUCCUGGUGCAAGAUCCACGACUUGUUUUUCCACAAUAUCGACCGUUUCUUACGAAUUCAAUCGCGCAAUGUUGCCAAAACUGUCAAAUAGUAAUGUUGGUUCACAGUUUGACCCUCUGGAACCCAUUCAGUCAUCACGAUGCCGUUGAUAUCGAAAAAAACGAUCAGCAUGGUUUUGAAUUUGGAUUACGAUUGAAUUGGAUUCCGGUGCACUCUCGACCUUCAGAAAAUAAUUUAUGCCACUCAAAAACACACGCCCGAGAUAGGAAAUCCUCACUAUAGGCCUCUUUUAACAACUUAUAGCACUCAGUUGGAGUUUUUUUUAGUUUAACGAGAAAAUUUUACGUUUAUCCGUUACUCAUGUUUUUCGUCACACAUCGUUUUCGGCAAGAGAAAAAAACAUGUUCGUUUCUAAACGCUACAGAAAAAAUACUAAUGCAUCAACAAAAACCCAAUUUUGUAUUGGCAUAAUAGACACUUCCUGCUAACCAGCGCUGUAUUCGGUUUUCCCCUAACCUUUUUAGAAUGCUCUCUGCGCGCGCAAUCUCGUUAUUUAAUAGCCAAAUCUCGUAUAAUACAAAUACCGUAAAAUUCUAAAUUCAGUUAAUACAGGUACGAAUAUUAUGGUAAACAUUAAGUAUCUAUACCUACGUAAUGCACUUAUCUUAGAAAAUUAACCGUAAUCAAAUUCUAGCGUAUUCAAAGAAGUCUCUCGGAUGUGAUAACUGGAAAAUCUGAUAAUGUAAUUUUUGUUGUUUUCUACGAAGAAACCAUGCGACGGAUUGGAAGUUGAGGGAAAUACUUAAUUACAAAUUCAUAACCAAUUUUUAAAAUUUUAAUCUGCACUCAUUUGUAGUAAUUCUUAAUUUAAAAAAAAUAUAUUUAUAGCCACCUAUUUUUAACACCAGAUUUGAUAUUUUUGCUUUCUAUUUCCCUUAAACAACUUGUAUUCAUUUAAUUUUAUUUCUUUAUCAAAAUUUACCUGAGACUUUUUUGGAUCUUUCACAAAUUUUAAACGUAGAUACGCGUGUGUUAUUUUACCAUAUCUAGAAAAAGCCAAUAUAAGUAUUCUGGGAAAAUUGAAGGUCUGUAAAAUUAUUUUCAAUUGAAUUGAAACAAAUAAACAAAAUCAAAAAUAUGGAAACCGUUUUUUCCGUAAACUUUUUCAUUUUUCAAACUUUUUUCAUAGAUAUUUCAACUUUUUAUUUUCAUUAUUUAAAUUCGAGGUUUAUAUAAUUCUUUAAAGUUCAGAGAAAAGAAUAAAAGUCAAUUAGAAAAUGUAAUUACAGAAUAUGCUUUAUAAUUAUAGGUAAUUUGAACAAUAAUCAAUAUAAUAUAAUAAUUAAAGCACGGAUAUUGUAGUAGUAAAAAGCUAGUAAAAUUAAUUGCACUAUUGCACUAAAAAAUACCGAAAAUUGUAUUAAAAAUAUUAAAAAUUGCUUUAAAAAUAACAAUUCUUUUACAAAAACGGAAAUAGUUGACUUAAUUUUCAGCUUAUUUACAAAAUAAUAACAGAACACGAUCAUUCAAAAUUCACUGAAGAACAGAUUAUAACAGUAAAACUACAACACAUGAUUUGUAUUCAUGUAUAUUUAUACAAUACAUACCUAACAAUUUCAACUUUCGUAAUAUACGACUUCUUGACACUUUAAAAUUAAAUAUUUUAUAUAAAACUUUAACAACUUGAUAAUGAAUGAUUGGAAAAAAUAGACACCAUUUUUUUAUACUUAUACUUAACACCCUCCGAUAAAAUCGACGUAUAAUAAUAAAAAAAAAUAAAAAUAAAAAAACCACUCUGUGUAUAUGAUAUUAUUAUUAUUAUUAUUAUUAUGAGGUAAAAUUAAUAAUACGGCUUUAUGAACUUGGCUGGAAGGAUGAUGCCGAGGUGAAAGUUUUGGGCGACGAUGGAUGGUGUGGUGUGGAAAGGAACGAGGGUUGAAUUUUCGAUACGGCCGAGCUGUUUUCCGAGUCGCUGACAUUUAUAAACGAAAUGUUUCCCAAGACACAAACACUAUGUAUAAUAAUAUAUUUAUUAUAUAUAGUUUCACGCAUCGGAUCACAUAGCUUUUAUUCGUUUUACAAAAUUCCACCGUCCCCCACAACCCUCUCAACCUCUGACCACGACCUCUGCCGCUGCUGUUAAUAGAACGCUGCAAUUAUUUCCCCGCACACAAGCGCUUGGACUAUUAUGCAAGUGAACAACAAGCUUCACAAUUAGUUGAUUUUACUAGGUAGUAUUUUUGUUUUCGGUAACAAGUUUUCGAUCAGAAGAUUGUAUUGUUCCUUAAAGUUUUUUUGGUAGUAUUGAAGUUUCGAAAACGACAAGAAAAACGGUAAUAUUUACACAACGCCGCGCCACACAGUCAGAAUACGACUCUAAUUUAAUAGGUACUUUAAAAUACGAAUCUGCUACACCUAAAAUUAUUCCCUUUAUAAUAUUAUGACAUUUGUGUAUAUAAAAUAACUAAGUAAUUAUCACUGGUUUUUGGGUUCUGCAAGUACUUGAAAUGGUAUUUAUAAAAAAAAAACAAUGUUAGCUCACUCCCCUUAAAAAUAAUUUCGGAUAUGCGCCAGUCAGUUUUUUGGGAAAACGUAUAAGUAUUUUUAUUGUUGAUUAUGGAUGAAAUCUCUUAACCCUGUUAUCUUAUGUAAAACUGUAAAAGAUGACUAAUAAUAAUACAAUCGAGGUUUUAGCUCAGCUAGUGGGGGUUCUAGCGUACGGGUAGAUUGGGUAGCUGCCCGUAAAAAAAUGUUUGUUGUUCAUUUAUUGAAACUGUUCAAUAUUGUGUAUAAGUAAAAUUGAUUAUUAAUCGAAAAGGUUCCUUAGUUUUUUUUUCUCAGUAUUUUAACUCCUUGAUCAUAGAUUCUAUUAUAGUAUAUAAUGUGAACCAGGCAUGUGGCCAGAAUUAUUAUUUUUUUUUUUUGUUUGGGGUUCUAAACAUAACAUUCAUCAUCAACUACCAAUAAUUGUACUAAUAAUCUAAUUUUUUGGUGAGAAGCUUAAAUUUCAAGGAGGAAUGGGGUCCAAACCCCGUAGCUAUGUACCUGGCGCUGUACAACAAAUAUUUUCUAAAAGAAGAAAAUUAGGUAUAUUUUGUACAAAGACUAAAACAAUCUAUAUUUUAUAUUUUAGAUAUCCUCGAUUUCUAGUAUACCUAUAUGUGAGUUUUUUUAAAAAAAUAUACAUAUGUAUGUAUAUAUUAAUCGUAAGCUUAGGGACUUUUGACUUUAAAAAACAUACAAAUGUGCUUUAAAAGUCAAUGAAAAUAUAUGCUAAAAUAUGCUCGAAACAAUUUUUUUUUUAUUGAAAUUUGUAUACCUACUAAAAACUUGAUGUAUACCUAAUUCAUUUUUUUUAUUAUCUAUAAUGAUUUUUUAGUGUGAAUUUUGUGUUUCGAGUGUUAUUGAUUAAACUCAACACUUGUUUAUAAACCUAAUUAACUAUUUUACGAUAGUCUACUCGGUUAUGCUAUCGCAAACUAGUGAGAAUGGAUUUCAACAAUGUAAAUCGAAAAACGUAUAAUCCGCAGCAUACAGAUACAAUAAGAUAAGAUUUGAGUAUCUUCUAUACUAUAAUGUUUUAUAAUACUUGUAGGGCUACAUACGUACUAUUCAAAUAUAUUCUAAAAAGUAAAACUAUAAAAUAUGCUAUAGGCAAAUGUAUGUUUAACACAAUUUAGAAUUUAGAUUCCUUACAUAAUGGGCAGUAUUUACGUUUGACUCUGCUAUUUGUUUAAUCUUUCAAAAAUAAUAUGCAAAUGCUAAAAGUACCGAACCCUGGUUAUAAGUAUAUAUUAUCCGUGUCCGUGUGAAAUAUAGUUAUUAGAACCACCUCUGUUUCAGCUGGUUGUAGAAUAAAAUAAAAAUAUCAAAUAUUGAAUAACAUAUAAUUUAUUAAAUUUAAAAUGGAUCCUAAUAAGUAAAUUGCCUACUUCCACAUUGAACAUGGUUCUGCCCAUAAAGUCUCAAAUUUUAGGUUUAUUUUAAAACUAUAGAUAACAUAUUUUGCUUUAAAAACCACCUUUACUGUCCCCCUAAUUACUUAAAAGAACUUAUUUCAAAACUGCAAAUUUUGAUUCAGCGUAUCAAUUAAUACAUCGCAUAAUUUUUAGAAGUGAAAUUUAAAAGAUAAUUUUUUGUAAGCUAAAUACCUAUGCAUUUUGGACCACCGUGCGCUACCAGUGGUUGUUUUUGAAAUAUAUUUUGUUUUAGCUUAGCAGCUUAGCUAUUGUUUAUAAGUACUCAUAAUUAUUAUUUAAAUAACUCAAAAAGAACCAAAGUUUGUUUAAAAUGAUUAAACCAUCACGUUGAAAAAAUACUAAUUCAGGUUUUCGGUACAAAUUGCAUGUUCCUACAAAUAGUUAUUAUAGCAAACACCAAAACUGAUUUUGUCAAAACCAGCGUUUCGUAAAAUAAUUUCGUAUUUCUGACGAUAUUUUCGUUUUUACUCCCAUUAUUAAGAAAAUUAAAAGAGAUAUCAAAAAAUUACCUCAUCAAUGUCAUUGCACCAACUCUAUAUAGAUUCAUAUGAUGUUAAAAGAAAGCUCCUUUGAAGUUUUGUAUCGGAACAAAUUAUAUUCAUCUGAUCGAAAACUCGUUCACAGACGGGAAAAUAAAAAUAAAACACUGCGCAUCAUAAUAAAACCAAUACACACUCGUUGUUUAGUUUAAAAUUUAAAAAAUCCAAUUCACAAUCAAUUAUUAUUAUAUGAUGUACCAAGAACUACUGAAAAAUAGCGUUAUCGUGGACCAUUGCAGUUGUUUGAUAUAGAUAAAUUAUACGAUUCGGACGAGCACUUUAAAAUCUUGAUAAACGUGUAUUAUAAGAAAAAGAAAUCAUUGUUUGAAUGUUAUUCGACUGCUGUGGGAAUUAUUGCAGCCGUGGCAGUAAACGUCGUCUGGGCGAAAAUAUCAAUAUUAUAAUUACCGCGACGAAUAUUAUUGUAUCACAAUGAGAAUACUGGACCUUACUGGACUGCGGUCCGAUUUGAGUCUAGUAGUUGCAAUCAGUGGUUACGCAUUUGAAUAAUAAAACAGUCUUAUUAAUUAUAUAGUAUUUAUAUAGUAAUUAUAUAAUAUUAUUAUUGAUAUAGAUUUAGCGUAUUCGCCUAUUAUUUUAAAAUUAAAUAACUGGGUUGUUUUUUGACUUGCAUAUUAAUUUAAGCUUGACAUUUUAUCCGCGAUAUACUCAAUCAUAGAAAAAAAAAAACUGCACAACGAUUGGACGAGUAAAUUCAGAGAUCAUUCGUGUUCAAGGUUCUCAUUUUCACAUUUAUAUUUACGGAUCAAAUAAGGUAUUAUAACGACGUGCUACACGAAACGAUAAUAAGUCACUAGUCUGGAAAGUAGUGAUUAUCAACCGACAAAAUACGGCAGCAGAGGCGGUAUUAUUGCAAUAAUAAUAUUAUAUUGACGAACAGCCAAUCGUUCAGGGACCACGUCGGAUAAACGUCGACCUAUCACACGAUUAUGGUAGCCUUAGAAAUGAAAACCGAAAACGAAAACGACGAUGGUUUUAUCCGUUAUCGUGUCUAUUCAGUGGCAUAAAGCUGUGUCCACAUCAUCACCUACGAAAAAAGUGAAAUACAAUAAUAAUGAAUCGACGCGUUUGUUGAAAACGUCUCCCCGAUAGCAUCGUGAUUCGUGGGGGACAUUCCAGAAUGUAGAAAGAAAUCGGAAAUAUUUCCACAGCUUCAUAAUAUUAAUAUCAUUUUAAAUCAGGACCAGUUCAAGGCGUAGACGUCCGGCGUAAUUUUUAUAGCUUCAUCAUUUGUUAAUCGUAUAAACGAAUUUUAUCACUGUAGAAUACUGUAUAUUAUUAUAAAUUCGCAAAGGCUUUAUUGUUUAAUGUAUUGCUGCUGAGCAGACGACAUAAAUACAAAAUAAUUGCAAAUCACUCGCUGUAGCAGUAAAUACGGUUUUACGUUUUUGCCAAAACUCGUGCUAUCUGAAUAAGUGUCUGUGUUAGUAUCUAAGUAUAAUAAAUAUUUGAUACGCAUAUUUUGACGAUAGAUAAAUUUCAAAAUAUAAUACUAUACAAAUUCUGAAUGGAUUUAGGUGUAUGACGGUUUUGAAUUUUCGAAAAUAUCGAAUAUUGUUUUGAAUUUUGAUCAAUUUUGCGAUAAAAUUUAAAUUAUUUAUAGGCACGGUUAAACAUUACUGCGUAAAAGUACCAACCAUAAAAACCGUUAAACAAGAAAAUUUCAUAAAACGCCGUUAGUUUUAAAUAUUAAAUUUUUAUUUUGUUUUUCCAAACAGAAAAUUUGUGAAGGAUAUUGCAGUUUUUAAUUUUUCUUUAACAGACGAAUACCUUAAACAAAAAAAGAAAAUUUUACAGUAAAACCUGUUGAAAGUAGACGUACCUUUUCAAACUUUUCCUCACUUAUUUAAAAUAUAUAGAAACUCAUUUGCGUGUUGAAACACUUCUAAUCAUAUUCCAUCAUAUAACUUGAAUCGUACUGCGUAUUUUUUUAGUUUCAUUUACUUCACUUAGUACAUUGUCGUUUUUUCUUCAUUCUUUACUCAUUUUCUUUUUUUUCAAGAUAUAUAAUAUAUUUAUAUAUAUUUACUUUUAGGUGUUUGCAAAUAUACGCAAUCUUUUAUUGAGUCGUCCCUACAAUAUUUCAUAUAAAUUUUACAUAAUAAGCAAAUUACAUUACUAAUAAAUUCAAACUACAAAAACUAGUUGUGUGUGUAUAUAACAAGCGGAAAUUUGUUUUUAUACAAUUUUUGGUCAUAUAUUUAUGAAUUUUUCUCUCAUUCAAUGACGUAAAGCUGAUCCAUACAAACCCUUCCUGGGCAUGUCACUGGUUAUAAUAGUAUACUUAACUAGAUUUGUUUUUAUUUUAUAUUCGGACACUUCCGUAACUGAAAAAUUUAGUUUUUCCACUGUACUAUAUUAGAGAGUAUAGUAACUAUACUUUGUAGGUGCUAUCAAAAUUCAAAAAAAUAAUAUAAUUAUUUUGUAUCGAUAUUUGAAUGCGUUUUGAACUUCAACAUUUGUAAUAUUUAUGUAACGAUUGUAAAUUUAAGUUUAAACGAUUCACUUGAAAAUUGCAACAAAAAUAAUCCUUUCGAAGCAUACCCUAUUCUGUACUUUUUAGCAUAGUGUUCAUGCAUACCAUAACAAAAAAAAAUAAACCAUGAACAGUAGAACUCCAUCACUAGACUUGAAUUUUCCCCCAGUCCACUUGUUGUCUAAACCUACUUACCUACAGUAUUUUAAUAAAAUAGUUAUGGUUGCCAGUGUUAUAGUAUUAUAUUAUAUACUUAAUUAAAUGAGAUUUAAAUUUAUUUAUUUUUUUAUAUUCACUAUAUAGACAUUCAUUAACCACGUAAAUCUCUCUCUUUGCCCUAUUUCAUGUCUACUAUCUCUCUCUUCUAUCUGGUAUUAAAAAUAUAUAAUAUGAAUUUCCGAUAAUUAUGUAGUUUUCGAGAUUUUUUGUUAUUAUAUAAAUAGACAUUGGGGAGAUUGGAAGUUAAAACCUUCUAAAGGUACAUCCUUAACAUCGAAGAUAUUAUAUAAAUAUGCAUUUUAAUUCAGUUUGAUAGGUCUUUAGGGGCAUUAAAAACCCCGUAUUUUCUGUAAAAACAUGAAAUUUGAUCAUAAAAUAGUUGAGGAGAGGGUUAAAAGGCUGAAACCCCCAAAAAACACAUCCUUAAUACUUACACCAUAUAUAUAUAUAUGAAAUUCCAUACUCUUAUAGUUUUAUUUAAGGUUCUUUAGGGGUGUUAAAUUCAUAUUACAUUUAACUCAACUUUAAUUUCCCAGGAAAAAAAACUUUAAUUCCCGGGUUUGUACUUAUUCAGACGGAGUACGGGACCCUUUGUUCUAAUAUUCGUACGUAGACUUCCUAGUAUUCUUACAUAACAGAUUUAACGAAGUUUUCUUUUUAAUAAUAGUGUUUUUGAUCGGUAUCUUCUUAGCGAGUAGGUGUAUACAGUUUUACGGUCAACUAUUUUCUCCGAUGUUGUAAUAUGUUUCCUGAAAUAGGUUACAGACGUGAGAUGACGAGAGGGUUUACUGAAAAUCCUCGGCUGUAAGGGGUGAAAACUUAAAUCGUAUUAUAUAUUACAUUGCAUUUCUUCGACCGGAUGAUACUUGUAUACAUUGCAACUGCAGUCGUUUAGCACAAGUACCCGAUAUUCGUCAAUCGUCUUAUACAGGGACAUUUUUUUUAUUAUUUUUGAUCAUUAUUGAAGAAUAUAUUAAGUAAAGAUGAAUUUAGGUUUUGUUUUUCAGUCAUAUAUAAUAUACAUUAUAUUAUUAAUAUAUUAUUAGCUUUUUCGCCCGGCGUCGCUGGAUUACUUUUUUUUUUUUGGAUCGUAUUUUACAGUUUACAAAUUAGUUGCAUACAAAUAUAGUUAUAUUAUCUGUGACUUUAUUCAUGACUUCGCUCAUGUACUGUUUACAUGUCUGUAUAAUUUAGUGUAUUUGUAUAACCCUAUUUUGGUCCGAAUCAAUGGCUACUGGGAGCCUACCAUCGCGAAGCUUUUCAACCUUUUCGGGAGUAUUCUAUUUUGGUUCUCAAGUCACCCACGUUUUACGAUAUAUAACUGCUCUAUUGUUAAAGUAGCUUGAGUAUCCAUCAACUUUUUUUUCAAGCCAAGCAUUGAUCAUAAUCCUAUGUCCUUUUAUGAAUCUUAUGCCAUUUCCAUAUUUUCUUCCUGCAUUUCUUUAUUAAAUUUAUUUCUUCACGUUCCCUUUUCGUUGUCACAAACUGGUACACAUAUAAUUGUCAUCUUUAUUUUGUUUUCGAAAGUCCCGAGCUUUCUUUCAGUUAUGUUAUAGUAGUAGUCCAUGCCUUGCAGUCAUAUAAAAGCGUACGUCUUAUUAUUGCCGCAUAUAAUUUUGCUUUAAUUUUGUUUGAAAAUUCUUUCGAUUUUACGAACUUGUAAAUUAUUUUAUUUUAGUCUUUAUUAUUUUUACUAUCUUUCUAGCCCAGUCAUUUUAAGUCUCUAGAACAGUUUCUAAGUAUCGAAAUUCACUAACUUUUUUGAAAGUUAUGGAUUUCGUAUUGAUGUUGCUUCUAGCAGUUCCAUGAUUUUGGUUUGGUCCAUGUUAAUUUGUAAACCUAUUUUACUGGCUAAAAUUGAUGGCUUACCUAUUUUGCUUGUUUAAGCUUUUGGGCUGCUUUUAUAUUAUUUUCUAAGAGACUUGUAUGUUACUAAUAUGUAAUAUAUGUAUGAACUAAUAUGUUAAGAUCAUUUGCCGAUCGCUACUCCAGUGGUUUCCGUUUGCAUUUCCCUAAUAAUUUUUUCCAGUGCUAUAUUGAAUGGAAUCAGUGAUAGCAAAUCUCCCUGCUUUAAACUGGUUUUAACUUCUAAAGCAUCAAACAUUAUUUGUUGGACCCUUAUUCGAUACUGUAUAUCUUCCAUGAACAGAUUAUAUUGAUUGUAUAAAUAAAAAAAUUAAAAAAAAACCAAAAAGACAAUAAAUUACAUAUUACUGUUUUAUUAACUAAUUGGUUAUGUAUAGAACAUAAAAUAAUAAAUAUUUCAUAGGAUUAAAACAUAAUAUUUAGACUAAUUUUGUUUAUGCCAAUAAUAAUAAUCGAAUGUUGACUGAUGGAAAUUCAAUUAUUACUGUUCUCUUCCGAUAGAUGGAUAACUCGAUAAUAAUAUUUUUAUAAUCAAAAAAUUAUAAAAACGUGUAAUAGAUCCUUAUAUCAAUCAUUUCGUUUAUCGAUUAAUAAUAAUUUAUUUGGUCAAUUAUUAUAAUAUUUUUGAAAAGACUUUCUGAUGUGAGUUUUUCGAACUACAAUAAAUUCAUACUGAAAGGCUACCAAAAAUGUGACCAAAUUCAUGUCUACUUUUCUUCGUAUACACUACCAGGUGAUCCAUUUAAGUGGGUUAGGUUACAUUCAUUAUCUCGGAAAGUAUUUACUUUUUCUGGAAUUUAUGUGGCGAUACGGCACGUGACGUUUUAAUAAUGCAUCACUACUCCCCUCCAACCCUAGCUUAAAUAUGAAAUAUCUUGUCAAUGACUUGACAAAAAUCAAAAAAAAAAGACGGACAUACUUUGCACAAUAAGUGCAGCGACUAUCGUUAGUGAGAAGUUGGGAACAUAGGAUAUAGAGAGGAAAUUAAUUUGUAUCUGUAAUAAGCAACGAUAACCCAUUGCUAAUGAAAAAUCGAUUCUGAGCGAACGUCAAUUGAUAGUGUUGCUUUUUCAAAAAUAUAUAUAUAUAUAUAUAUAUAUAUAUAUUAUUAUGAUAAAAUAUUUACAUAUGCAUUUAACACUUUUUUUUAAUAAUAUUUGAUAACGGCGAUGCAUAUAUUUAUACAGCGUGAUCAAUCUAUCAUAAGACACUCAUUUUCUCGGGAAGUAUUAACUCUUUUCGACAUUUUUUUAAUAGAAACAAGCUGCUAUACAAUUAGAUAUUUAUGUUAUUUUUGGCACCCUUAUUUUUGGAGGUAAAACCACUACCUACUUUUGAUUUUAAAUGGCAACCUAUACUAAAAAAUCCAUAAGUAGAUAGAGUUGUAGGUAAAAUAAAUGUUGGUGUUUAAAUUUUUAAUCUCCGUCCAUCCGUUGACAAAAUAUUCCACUUUUAAGUUUGGGUCGGGGGAGAGUAUUUGGGUAUCAUUUGUUUGGUGGCACGUUUUAAAAAUGUACCACUACUCUCCCCCAAUCCAAACUUAAAAGUGGAAUAUUUUGUCAAGGGAUUGACGGAAAUUAAAAAUAUAAAUAUCAAAAUGUAUUUUAACUACUACUCCAUCUAUUUAAGGAAGUUUUAAUAUAGGUAGCCAUUUGAAAAUCAAAAGUAAGUAGUAGUUUCAUCCCCAAAAAUUAGAGUGACAAAGAAUAAUUUAAAUGUUAAAUAUUAGAACAGCUUGUUUCUUAAAUUUUCUUUAAAACAAAUUUUGAAAAAAGUUAAUAAGUUUAAAAAGUUAAAAACAUUCUGAAAUAAUGAGUGUCUUACAAUAAAUUGAUUAUCCCAUAUACAGGGUGUUUCUAGGUACACAUAAAAUUAUUAUUUUUUUUCUCUGUUUAGGUAAAAGAAAGAAAAUCAAUGAAAAAAUUUUUUUCGAAACCGGGUUUGUACUCGUGAUUCACUGGAUUAUAAUAGGUACCAUUAGACUGUGACAAAACAUACUUCAAAGUAGACAAUCUAGGGUUAUUUAACAUAACAUUAUAAUAUCCGCAUAAUAUCAGAACUUCAAUAAGCUAUAAUUUUGAAACUUAGUCAGUCCACUCUAUUUUGAUCUCAUCAUCGUUCUAAAGCUAAAUACAUAUUUUCAAAACAAAAAAUUGAAAAAUUACUCAAACAAUUUUCGGCAAAAUUUGAUACUUAAAUUCUUUUUUAAAAAAAACACUAUAUUAAACUCAAUUGUUUUUUUUUUUACCACAAAGUAAAAUAUUUAAUGAACCUCCUGUGAAUUUUCAAAACAUUCCUGUUAAGUCUAAGAAUUUUACCACACAGUACCUACCGAAUAAAAAUUACUUGGAAAAUUUACAAAAUUAAAAUGUCUAAAAAUAGCUCAAAAAGUGACUUGAUAUUUUUUUUUAAUUUGACCACGUCUAGAAAAAGUAAAUACAAGUUUUCUGUCCAAAUUUCAAGUCUCUACGAAUAUGUUUAAUUGAAUUACAACAAAUAACAAAAUUGAAAAAAUAAUGAAGCAUUAUAUUUUUAUAAAUUUCCCGUUUUUCUUACAUUUUUUUCACUUCUUCCCAAUUAUUAGAAGAACUGCUUGGAAAAACAAAAGAUGACCUUUUUAAAGUACCACCCGAAGAAAAUUUCCUUUCAAAAAGAGUCUGCGUCGUAUACAUCGGAGUAAGAUUUUAGCACCAUGUUUGUACACAGUAUAAAAAAAUGAAUAUAAAAUAAACAUCUUUGUAAAACCAAUACAUUCUUCGCUACACUCAGAGUCUAAAAUUUCAACACUUAAGUUUAUUUUAACUAACACUCUAUUUAUUUAUGGAGUUUUUCAUAUAGGUUGCCAUUUAAAAUCAAAAGUAGGUAGUGGUUUUACUUCCAAAAAUAAGGGUGCCAAAAAUAACAUAAAUAUCAAAUUGUAGAGCAGCUUGUUUCUUAAAUGUUUUUGAAAACAAAUUCUGAAAAAAGUUAAUACUUUCCGAGAUAAUGAGUAUAUCUACUUAAAUGGAUCACCUAGUAUAAAAAUAUAAGUUUAAAGCUAAUGGUUAUAAUAUUACAUGCGAUUCGAAUGUCAUCGUUUUUGUUUAAAUUGUAUUAUAUUGAUUGGUAAAACAUCUUACGUGUUUCGUCAUUUUAAAAGUUAAAAUAAACUUAAGUUUUUAACUUAUUAACUGAUUGAUAUAUCCAAUUAUCCACCAUUGAUUUGAGUGUAAUAAAACGUUCACAUAGAAUAUUUUUGACAAGAAUAUGAAAUGUAUACGUAUCCAAUCAGUACCAUGAGCAGGGGCUUCAGGGAAUAUAAUAUUACCCUUCCCUGUUGGCUUAAAAUUCAAUUUUGAAAUGUACAUAUAUUUCAGCCAUAUAACAAGGAAAAGCUUUAUUUAUUUAUUUAUUGAAUCAAAAUUGGCUUUUGUGGAUACGGAAAUUCAAAAGCGAAUUCCCGCGGUUAGGCAUAGAAAAAGUGUCUACGAUUUAUUCAUGACUAUUAUAUUAUUUACUACGCUUUAUCCCCUCUCAUUUUAAAUUUUUGAACAGGGCACUGUUUACAAUUACUAUUAUAAAAAUGUGAAAAGUCUUAUUUCUUCCAAUGGAAAGGAAUGACCUAGAUUCAACAUUUUUUUCGCCAAGAUACCGUCUAUGGAGAAAAACAACGGUCGGUGUCUCAUUUUUGGAAGAAAAUGUAUACGAACCAAACCAUAUUUGAUGGUUGUUUCUUUCAUUUUUGAAAUAAUUGCUUUCUUUUUAUAAUUAAUCACGUCUGAGCCCUCCCUUCUUUCCAGUCAGACCAGAAUAUGAAGGCCUAUGGAUUCGAUAUUUGUUUUUUUUACGUGGCAAUUGAGAGCGUUUGCAAUAAAUUGCAAUAAUAAACUUUCGAGGUGACUAUAAUGUAUGUUAUCACAUUACGUAAUCGUGUGCACAUCUCCGAGACAUCAUUUCACCCGGAUUUCUGGAGAUUAACCGUUUUCGAGUAUAAUACUAUAUUACUUUAAAUAUUCACUAUGCAAAUCAUAUUAUUAUAUGUGCAAACAGGUUUUUGGUCACUUUUAUUACGUGCUGUGUUGUAUAGAAACGUUUGAAAUAUAUAAUAUUACAAUAUGUUCACAAUAAAUGCUCGUUUUUUUCUUUAUUUAACAUUUAGAAAAAAAACCGUCUUGCACAAUAUCGUUGAAAAAUGUAUUAUUUUCAUAGAAAAAAUUGCUAUCAUUUUUACAAUUUUCACCAAAAUUUAAACUUAUACGGCAUGCAAAAUAAAUACUACAGCACGCUCAAUUUAAUUAAUUUUAUCACCAAGUACAACUUAUGAUGAACCUCACAUAGACUUUUCCAUGAUUCUGGUCGAACCAAACAAACAUUUUGUCCACAUAAAAGCAAAUAAAAACUAAAAUCCUCGAAAAAGUAUAGUGCCUAUAAAUAUAUCAUAAAACAACAGACUAUUUUGAUAAUUUAACCCAGAGAAAGCUAUGAUUUUUUAAGCAGUUUUCAUAAUAAUUGAAAAACCCGGUAAACGAGGAAAAAUUAAAACAUGUAAAUUUAUAACAUACGAUUUAAUUAUUUUAUAAUUUGUACACUUUAUGUUUAUUUGUCAGAAAUGCUCCAAUAGAAAAAAGAUAGAGGCCUUUUUCGUUACAUUCUUAUUCUACUUUGUAUGUAAGAAAGUCGAUUUUUGAUUUUCAGUGUAUUUUAUUUUAAUAAUUGAACAAAACCGAAAAAAUAAACGUAGAAAGAAGAAACCAGGAUAAAGGUUCCCAUACACUGCAACGGUACACGGUCCUGUACCAAUACGGUAAACAGUAUUUUAUUUGUGCGGUAUACUAUUCCGCCGUAGCUUGCACACUGACGGUAUUCGUUAUGGGAUACCUUUCGAGCAGAAUUCAUUAAUUUCAUAAUAAUAGUUUCUGUUUAGUUGGAUUUUAUUUUAUUUAUUUUUUCCAUAAUUGAGAGAAAAAUAACCGUAGAAAUUCAAAACUUUCACUGAGUAUUGAUAUAAGCAUUUUUUAGGCACAAUACAAUUCCCAAAGCAUUCAGUUGUAUUGUACAAUUAUUAUUCAAAGAUAUUUGAAACCUUCACUUUUUUUUAGAAUUUUGGUUAUAGUACAAUAUUAAAAUAUUAUGGAUAACAUUUAUUGCCCUCUCCCCCAGAAACAUAUAUUUGACAUAAGUUUCAUCAUAACUUGUGCAAUGUGCAUAAAUAGUAAAAAAAAAAAAAAAAUAACAAAAAUUGAUCAUAUUAUAAUAAUAUCUUAAUUCAUUUUUAUAAGCCCUACAAGUUCAAAUUCAUGGUAAAAUUCAUUAAAAACGCGAAUAAUAUUGUAAUAUUUAUUACGUAGUUACAAUAAUUAAUACAAAGUCUAAUUUGAAUUUAUCAAAAACUCACAUCAGAAUCGUUUUUCGUUUGCAAUGAUUUAUCGAUGCGUAAUUAUACAGAAACUAUAUUAACAAAUAAAUUACCCCAUCUAUUCCUAUAUAUCUUACGACCUUCCCAACUUCCCACAUAUAACACCUUCAACGGACUGGCCUUUUUUUGAAUCCAACAUUACCGUUCGUGGAAUACAAAAUUAUUUUGCGACAACGCAACAAGGUUCCGAGAAACUAAUAUAACGUGCUUAAAUCGGACAGUCGAAACGCGUAUAAUAAUCGUUAAAGUGUCAAAGUUAUUGAUGGGGACAAAUUUAAUAUAAUAUUACGGUGAGAAGCCGCCACGAGCAGCACACAAUGUGAACAUUUUUUUUUAAAUAAAUUAUUGUAUUUCUUCGACGUCUGCUCUCGAAAAUGUCCACGGUAUACUCAAAAAGCGAAAAGGGAAUUUAUUUGAAAAAAAAAAAAAACUGUUGCUCCUGAUGGGUGUUUUAGGAGUGAAGUUUAAAGAUAGGAUAUAUAGGGAGGGUUUGAAACCCCACGAACCCCUCAUUAAUGCAUCCAUUCUAUAGUAAAAUGCAGAUAUAAUACGUAUAGAAGCCGCAUAUUAUAACAGCAAAAAAACGUCUAUGAAUUGUAUAAUAUGACAGUAAAAUAAAACGAAAGCAUUUCAUAGUUUCGCGAUAGUAACUAUCAACUAUUAAUGUAAACCUGAUAAUGCAAUAGUUGCUUUUAUGAAAGUUGGAUAAUUACUGUUGCCCUGUUCACAUGACGAUGAUCUAUAAUAGUAACUAUCACGGCUAUGAAUUUCCCAACUGUCAUCCUGUGGAUCAGCCUUUUUUUGUGUACUUCGAACGCCUGGUAACGUCUACAAAAUAUUAUUUUCUAGAAAAAGUAUGGUGCACCAAAAUCCAGUGUCCAGUGGCAUAAUUACCCGGCUAUGGUAGUAUAUGUAUUACAAGUGUCUAAUUGGACACUGAGAUCGGAGUACCGAUAUCGUAUAGACAAUAAGACGUAUUGGUAUCGCUCUUUAAAAUACACAUUACACUUUUCUUAAAUUUGGAGUGUAUUGGUUUUAUACUAUUCGUAUGAUGUGAGUGGGUAUUUUUGUUUUUACCUGUGAACACGGCAAGCGGUUUUUUCGGACAAAUAUUUAUGACGUUGCGAUGAUUUGAUGAUUAUUUAUUUUUGUAACUAAUAUUUUUUGCUAAAAAAAUUGCUUCAAUCAAAAAAUGACAUUAUUUUAUCGUAUUUUGGAUAAAGUUGCUUACGAUGAAAGUUGUUUUUUGAUUUUCCAAGUCUUUGUCAUAAUAAUUAGGAAAAACUGGAAAAAAAACGUAGAAAGUUAUGAAAACGAUGCUUUUAUUGUUUUCGAUUUUUUCAGUGAAGCGAGAAAUAUGUUGGUUUUACGAUGAUGUUUAUUUUUUGUUUUUUUCUGUGAACCACUUUUCUAACCGAAUUUACCGUAAUUUUGAUCCGAUUUACAGUGACAGUACUUUUUCUAAAAAGAAAUCGGAUUGGAGAGGUACUUUAAGGAGGUCAUUUUUUGAUUUUUUCUAGAGUUUUCUCAAUAAAUGGGAAAAACGAGAAAAUAGGUACAAUAUUAUAUAAAUAUAAUUAAAGAAAAUAUAUAAUUCAUAUGUAAUUAUUUUACCAUAAUAUGAUAUAUGUAUAUAUAUAUUUUUUUAUAUAUAUAUAUAUAUUGUUGACAAAACAACACUAUUAACCGAACUCCGCUCAGAAUUGCUUUUUCGUUAGCAAAGGUUAAUAGUUACAUACCUAUAUACCGAUAUACCUAUACAUUCAAUUGCCCCUCAACUACCUUCCCAAAUUCUCACCUAUAAAUGUGGCUGCACCCGUCCCUAUUAUCCUAGGACAGUUUUUUUUUUGUUAUAAUUCAGUUAAACAUAUUCGUCAAGACUUUAAAUUAAGACAAGAAACUUUUAUUUACAUUUUCUAAACGUAGCCCACUGAAGUCAUUUUCUCUUUACAUGACUAUAGUUAUUAGAAUGUACACUUUUGUUAUUUAUCUCCAUUAUAAUAACAAUAAACCGCAACCACAUUCAAAUAUUUCGUCUGCCGUAGAAAUAUUAUCGGAUUGUAAUAUUGAAUGUAGUUAUUAUAUGAUAUGUCAAGCGAACAAAAUAGACAAAUUAAAUUGAAAUUUCUACGCAAUAAUAUUAUAUAAUAAUAAUAAAUAAUUACGAAUUAAAUAUUCUACAUAAUUUUGUUGUCUGAUGUAAUGUGGACAUUUUACGCGCGUUCAAAUAAAAGUUUAACGCCAAUACAAACAGCAAAUCAACUAGACAAAUGCGACAGUAGAUAAAAUCGCAAUAUACUACCGUUUAAAAAAUAAUAAUUAAAAUCGACAGACGAAAAUAUAUUGUAUUUUUUAAAGUCACUAUAUACAAGUACUGUUUUUACAUAUACUAAUUAUAGAUGAAAACGAUUAAAAUGCUUAUUUUUAUUACAAAUAACGAGUACAGCAUAGUGGGAAAUAAAUAGAACGCUGCUUAUAGGUAGCACAGUAUUUUAGGUGAAAUGUUCGGGAGAUAUAUUAUAUACAGUGUAAUUUCGUUUUUUAAUUAUCGUAAAUGAAAAACGAUUUUGAGCGGAGAUCGAUUAAAUAUUGUCCGAUGAUUUUCUCUCGUUGAUUUUUCACCAUUAUCCAAAAAAAAAAAAAAUACAAUAAAAAUAAUAAAAUUACCAAUCUAAAGUUUGUUCCACGCGAUGAUAGUGUUGAAACUAUUAUAAAGACAGAGUCCGUGCAAUAUUCUAAUUGUAAAGUCUAUUUUGAUAGUAAUGUUUGGGAAAUUACGGCUUGGAAAUAAAUUAGAACACUUGAACAUAAUAGCUACGAAUUAAUUCGUAUUAAAAUGUAUGCAUUAACUAAACAAAAUUAAAUACCAGAAACUAUCCCUGAUGUUGAAAAUAUUGGAACAAGAUUUCUGGUCAAACAAUUGUUUACGGGCAUAAAAAAAGCACACGCCAAGGUAACAAGAACAUAUUCCUCGUUUCGUUCAGAAUCUAAAAUCAAAUGGAAAAUAAUUAGCUGUACCUAAAUAUAAAAAAAAAACUGUUCAUUAUAGUAAAAAAAGUAAAAAGUAAUAUAUGUUACUACAUAUAUUACUUUUUUCAUUUUGAAGUUAUUAUCAAUGGGUAUUAUUUCGUUAUUUUCGUUUGCACCUAGGUAAUCUUUUUCGAUGAAUUCUUUACUUAUAAUAUUAUAUUCUAAUUUGUAUGCUUUAUUCGGUAUUGUUAUUGUAGCGGUACGCCUUUAAGGUCAACUACAUUUCCGCAUAUACAAUUAAUGAAAACGUAAAGGUCGUGUGUACGUUCCGUAGUGCGAUUCGGAAACAUAAUAUUUUAAUAAUAUACCAACAAAAUACACGUCUCUGCCUAUUGAAUUUCUAAAUCCCCUGGUGAUGUAAUUUUCGUAUUUAAAAUAAUGAAGAGAAAUAAAAAAAAAAAAAACAUAAAAAUCAAGAUAGACGUCUCGAAGCUUACCGGAUUUUUUUCUAAAAUUCUGACGGAGAUGAUACAUUAUGUGUAGCGCUGAUGUUACUAUAUAUUUUUAAUCAAUAAACGUAUAUAGGUAUUCACGUGUUAGAACCAGUAUACAGAGUUGUAAUUUAAAUGCUAUAAUAUAAUAGACACAACCGUUAACCAGAGUUAAAAAUUGACAAGGGUUAAAAUGAAAACAGAAAAAAUUGUCGUUAAGUUAAACGUGGUUUUGUAGGAGACUAAGUAAUCUAGGCCUCCAGAUUGGGUUUAUGUUUUUAUAGAAAUUGAAUGCGGAUGCUAGAUCAUCCGACAUUACUGUAAACCAAUAUAUAUUUUUAAUUCAUUAGAUAUGAUGUAUAUAAAAAAAAUGAUACUAAUCAUGAGUAGGUAGUUGUUGUAGUUGGAUAAUUGGAAAGUUAAGGAUAUCUAGGAUAAUUCAUAUUUUAUAGGUACUAUACACAAUAAGAUACUAGAUUUAAAUAAUAUAAGUCAUUUAUUUCUUUGAUAAAAUGGUAAUAAAGUAACCUAAUAAUAAUAAUAAUUAAAAAGAUUGGAUAUUGCUGAUGGGUGAGUAAGUGGGCUGUUGGUUAAAAUUCUGAGUGAAGUUUGAUUGAGUAUAUUUUUAAAUGCUGUGGUAAUUAUGAUGUUUAUUAAAAUUUAAACUUAAAACUCGUAUAAAAAAAAAAAAAUACUACAUUAUACUCAAAUUUUUUUUACCAUUUUAUGUAUGAUUAAUGAUGAAUCUCCAGUGAAAUUGCCAAGCAUUUCUGUUAAGUCUAUUAAGCUAUAGUUUUUAUUAAAGCAAUAUUUUUUGUAGAAAAUAUAAGCCUAUUUUAAAUUUACCUAUUUCUAGAUUUCUUUUCGAAAAGUUGUUUACAAACGAAAAAAUAUUUAAAAAUGAGCUGAUACUGAGAACGGAUGCCACUACUUUUGUAGGGGGGUAGUUAUGAUGUUAGGAUACAUACAAUUAUUUAUACCUGUAACCAACAAUAAAUCAUUGCUAAUGAAAAACGAAACUGAGCGAAGUUCGGUUAUGUAUAUUUUAAAAGGCCGUUAUAUUUACGAUUUUCGUCAACAUUUGAUAUUAAAUCUUAUAAAAAAAAAAUCACAUUACACUCAACGUUUUCUUGUUGACCACUAUGUACAACUUAUAAGCUAUAAUGAACCCCCUUUUAAAUUGUCAAGUAUUUCUGUUUAGUCAGUUUUUUAACAAUUUUAUCCGCAGAGUAGGUACCUAUCGAGUAAAUAAUUCGUAAAAACCUUGCAUAAUUAAAAUGUACAAACAAUUUUACCGCGAUUAGAAAAAGCAAAUAUAAAUUUCCCGUCUAAAUUUGAAGUCUCUACGAAUUUUUUUAACUGAAUUUCUUUAUUAAAAAAAACGAAUUUUAAAAUAUCAAAAGAAUUAUUUUCGUAAAUUAAAACGUAUUUUUCGAUUUUGCUUAAUUAUUAAUAAAACUAAAAAAAAAAAAAAAUCAAAAAACGAUUUUCUUGCAUGCCAACUAGAUUAAAAGUUCAACAAAAAAUGUUUCUUGUUGAUUUUCUAUUGGAGCAAUAUUUUUUGUAAAAAGCAUAAGCCGUUAAAAUAAUGAAAUCGUUGUGCUAUAAUAAUUUUUAAAAAAAAUCACAUUUUUCGUAUUUUGUGUUUUUUUUUCAAUUUUAAUGAAAAAUACUGUAGAUAUCAACAAAUUUCUUUCAAUGACGGUGGCUAUAUAUUAAAAUGAAUAAAAUUUAUACUGAUUUUCGUUUAUAUUAUCAAAUCGAAUAUUUGUUUUAGGUAUACUUACUUACUAUUGAAAAUCAAUAUGUUGUGUAUAUAAAUUUUAUAAUAAAUUAGUAUUAACUGAUAAGUUAAGUUUAAUUAAUAAGUGUUUAUCUCAAAACGUACAAAACAUAUAGAUUAAUAUUUAUUUUUAUUUUUUUUUUGUUUUUUUUUUUUUUAUAAAUGAUAAUAUUAUAUACUCUAUCAAAAAUAAUAUUAUAUAAUAACAGCGAAUUAUAGCAAUAAUUGUUCAUAAAUAAACAUAUGACACGUCUUAUUAAUAAUUAAGUGUCAUUCUACGAUGUUAGCAUAAUGUAAAUUGUACGAACGUAUGUUUUUAAAGGUUAUUUAUCAAUAAAUAUAUUGAUGAAAUCAAAUAUUAAAUACGUGUUUAUAUUGAAAAAAAAAUUCAAUUUUUAAAUAGCUAGCCAUACAUUUUUAUAAUCUGAAAUUAUAAUAUCUGCGUACGACUAGAAAAUGUUUACAUUUUUAAUGCACUCGUUAAAAUGUUUAAAUUUUAGAUUCUGAGUGGAGCGAAAAAGCUUAUGGUUUUACAAAGGUGUUUAUAUCAUUUUUUUUUUUUUCAUCUUUUGAACAAUUUUUCUACCAGAGAUCUUGCUCAGAUUUUUAUGUAUAGUACCUUUUCUGAUAGGUAAUCGAUGUGGGGAGGUACUCUAAGGAAGUCAUUUUUCGAAUUUUCUCAAGAGUUUUUUUAUCAAAUGCAAAAUACUGAGGAAAAAUGGGAAAAUGUACGAAAUAUAUUUGUAUAAUAUUACAAUUUUUUUUCUGUAGACAACUUUUCAACCGAAAAUUUUGCUCCAAUUUAUAAUGAUAGUAAUGUUUCUAUAAGAAAAAUGUCUACGUGUUUUUUGUUUUCGAUUAUUUCUAAUAACAAAACCGAUGUUGACAUAAGUUUAAUAUAGCUUCUUAAUUAGUAUCCCAAAUAUUUGCGUAGCCCCUCCCCUUCCAAAUAAUUUGAUUGUGCAUAGGGUUCGCAACCGGACUGUGGACAGUCUAAAAUGUUUAAAAGCAGAGAUGGUUGUUGUCAAAAACUGUUUAAUAAAAAUAAAACAGGAUUUUUAACGUAGAUGUAGUAAUUAAUUUUAUUAUAGCUUUAUUAUAGAUACGCUUAAAGAAGUCACAACUCAAAGAAGCAUUUACUUACCUAAUCACUUCGGUAAUUUUUGAAAAAAAACAUAACUUAACCUGAUUAUAUUUUAGACAUUUUAUUAAUUAUUGUGCAGACGAAAAACAUAAAUAUUGUCUUGUGAACAUUUUGGGAUAAUUAUUAUGUUUUGUAUGUAAGAUAAUCAACAUUCCGUAUUCAUUAUGUCGAAAAGUAUUAGAAUAUUUCAGAAUAUGUUUUUUUGAAAGUUUAAAAAACGAGCAGCUCUAAAAUAAUACAUGAUUGUUAUAUUUUUGGCGAUGAAACUAAUUUUGGUUUUCAAAAAGCUUUUUUUCACUGAAUAGUGAAGAAUCAUUUGUGCCGUGGCGACGUUUGAAUUACUCUCACUUUAUCCACAAAAUAGAAAACUUAAAGGUGGAAUUCCUUGUCGUUCUGUGGUUUUAUUAUUCAUACCUAUAUUAUAUAGUGUUUUUUUUAUUAUUAUAUCAUAAUAAUAACGCUAUAUUUUAUUAAAAUACAUAAAUUAAACAUAAAUUCUAAUCGAAAACUGUCGAAAAUUUGUUUUUCUUUCAUUUGUGGAUCACAAUUUCCAAAAAAAAUCAUCAACCUCCGAUUUCCUGACCAAACCUAACCGAUGAAAAAUCAAUUAUAUUGUUCGCAGACCACAUUUACGCCUAGCAGCUUCGCCGAACUCUUGUCGGGUACAUAUCCCGAGUUGCCACUGACUGAGGAGAUCGACUCGCUUUCUGACGUACAAGGCGUAUUGACGGACGAACAACAACAGCAACAACAACACACGAUUCUAGAGCAUCAGGACCAGCACCAGCUCCAUCUCCUGAACCAACACCAGAAUGGCGCGAUGCAGGGUCUGUUGCCCAGUUUCCAGGAGACGUACGCUGCAACGGGCGUAGGGUUUAAAAUGGAAGACGAUUACGUAUCGCCCAACACCGCGGCCGUGAUGGCCGCAUCCUCUAAUUAUCCUCAACAUCUCCAUCACCAUCAUCAUCAACAUCAUCAACAGCAUCAACAACAACAACAGCAACAGCAUGCGUCUCACCAUGCCCAACAGCAUCAUCAUCAUCAUCAUCAGCAUCACGGACCUCCACCUCCGCCCCCGCCUCUACCAAUCAUACACUUCGAUUAUCACUUCCAAAACUUUUCUGGUGCUUUACCACCUGACUCGCCGACUGCUGAUCACGGUAGCAUCGGUUCUACAUUCGAACCAAUGUUAGAUCACAUAGUCGUUAUGACGCCCAAACAACAGCAACAACAGCACGCCGUCCCCGUCAACCAUCAACACCUCCAACAUCAACAAUCUUUGGCACAGCUACCGUCGCACAGUAACCUUAAAAGUAAAUUGAGUUUGUCACGUUUAAUCCAAUUUAAUAUUUAAUCUUUUUGAUAAUUAUUCAACGAAAAACUCGCAAUAGAUACAGGGGUGUCCCACGAAGAUAUACCCAUUGUAAUAUUUCCGGAGAUAAUAAAGAUAAUCAAAUUCUGUUUUUUUUUUUUUUUAUAUAUAUAUAUUACUCACUGAAAUAAGGUCUGCAAAUAUUUGGAAUUAUUAUAAUUAAUUUUUUAUGUUUUAGUAAAAAAUAAAUGACAUUUUUAUUAUUUUUUAAAAAUUUAAAGAUUUCAUAGUUUAAUAUUUUUUUGAAAAUUUUAAUUUCCGUUUAUCUAUUGAUGAGAUUAUUUCACAUUUAAGUUAGAAUUGUUUGGAUAUAGGAGGAAAGUAGUGGAGCGCUAUUCAAACCCCGCUAACAGCGUAGCUAUGCAAAUGAUGCCCCACUAUAUUACUGUAAUGAUAUAUACAAUACGGUGUAUAUCAUAAUUUUAAUAUUGGUCAACUAGUUAUAUCAUAAUAUAAUAUUAUAUAACAUUAAUAUUAUCUACACUAUAUUUUAUUAUAGUGGACACCACUUUAUCUUAUCAGUUUAUAAAUCAAUUUAGAUUAAUACAAAAUAGUAUGCAUAACAGUUAAAUAUUUCAACAUAAUAAUAAGACAUGAUAAUGAGAACCGGACAACAGCAUUCAACUCUUCUCCCCUUUCUUUCUCAUAAAACACUCCUCGAGUCAUUCGGCCACCGGAUUCUGCCUUCGCAACUCGUCAUCUUUUUCGUCUUCCCGUAGGUGCGUGUUGUCCGGUUUUCAUUAUCAUGUCUUAUUAUUAUGUUGAAAUAUUUAACUGUUAUACAUACUAUUUUCUAUUAAUCUAAAUUGACUUAUAAACUGAUAAGAUAAUGUGGUUUUAAAUAUUAAAAUUAUGAUACAUACCACAUUGUAAAAUGUCAAACAUUCAAGUGUAAUAUCUUGUUAACGGAGCAAAACAUUUUUAUUCAGAUAAAUCAGAAACUAGUAAGCGAAAUGCCGUGUACACAAUUACGCAUCACAAUUUAACCUUAAAUCGUUUAAAAAACAAAAUCGUGAAUUCAGAUUUUCGAUAAUUGUAUGGUGUCAUACGAAUAACUUAUUAUGAACAUUAUAUCAAUUUCCAAAAUAUUUUUGAGAAGCUAGAUAAAUUUUAUCUAUCGUACAUAAAACCAAAUGAAAACUAAAAUAACACGAUUAUUUUCAAUAGCUACAAAUUGCUCAGAAAUCACCAAAUUUUUUUGAAAAUGUACAACGAAAGGACUAAUAUUAUGUAAGUAAGUAAGUAAGUAAUCGAUUAAAAUGUCAGAACACAGUAAAAAAAACAAAAUUGAAAGUAAUAAAAACCAUUAUUAUGUGUACAUUUUCCGGUUUUUCAUCAUUAUUAAGAAAACUACCAGGAAAAUUAAAAAAUGAUCCUCCCAUAAUGCACUAAAUAGACCCGAUAUGUUACAAAAAAGGUCUUUUGCUGUCAUAUGAUGAUAAACUAUUAUUAACUGUUUAAAAAUGUUAAGCCGUAGAUGGAUUAACCUCGAUGCCUUUAUCACUUUGUUAUUUAAGGUUUUAUUGAAUGGUAAAAUGUUUACUUUUCAGAUCACUGCGGCCCGUUGUCUUUACUGAUCGACUCCAACACAGCCAAUGAUCAGCUUCAGCACGCUAUCAAUCACGCCACCCUGGACGCUACGCGGUCCAGAAGAACGUCAUCGUCCUCGUCUUCAUCGUCGGCACACAGGACUACCGCUGAUUCGUCAGCCAGGUGAGAUUAUAAACGGAGUAUUUAAAAUCUAAUUUCAGUGGUUGUCAACCAGGGUGAUAUGUGAAAAUCAUUCGGUGGGAGGGGUUGGGAACAGCAAUGAUUACUAAUACCGAAUAUAUCUUUCCUCCAUAUUCUUUUCAAUUCCACAAUUUUAUAAUAACUGGCCAAAUUAAUUAUCUGGAGUAUGUAGCGAUAUAAUUGUUUUUUUUUUUUUUUUACAAUUUAAUACUGUCCCCUUACCCAAAUUUAAAAAUAGAGUAUAGUUUUUAUACAUAAUAUGUUUUUUUUUUUUUUUUGAAAAAAUAAAUAUUUCAAGGGGAAUUUGACUGUAACAUAGAAUUUGAAAUACCCUGAAAAUAAAAUCCAUCUAAUCUAUAUCAAUAUUCGAUAUAUUUCGAUUGACAGUUAUUAUAUAAUACGCUUUAUCAGCUCGCGGUACACAUCAUCGUCAGUUUUCUCUGUAAACAUUGCCCGUUGUAAAUACCGCACAAUUGUUCUAGGUCCCCGUCUAUUGUUGUUUUAUCGGUGUUAUUAUAAUAUUAUCAGUUAAUUAUUUUCUCCAAUUAAUAUAAUGCGAACGAAAAAUAAACAGUUUGUCACCGAAAAUCCGGCACUGCAUUAACACUCUAUCGGUAUCGGCGCCCGGCGACUGUUCUCCGCCGACUUCGGAAGUCUGUAUGCUACAGCAGCAGAGAAACGUCACCGCGGUCAUGGCACCCACGUCACCGUCCCAGUUGUGCGCUGUGUGCGGCGACACGGCCGCGUGUCAGCAUUACGGAGUGCGUACGUGUGAAGGAUGCAAAGGCAAGUAUACAGUACUAUAAUUUAUAAUUUAUUGAACCCUCGUCUAGCCAACGUUUUUAAAAACGCGAAUCCAAUUAAAAAUAAGGUUCGACCAUUAGGACCGGGUUUAGACGAACGGCCGCAGUGAUGACGUAACCAGAGGGAUGACCGGUAGCGUGUGCCGGGGAACGAGAUUAGGGGUCAUUUCCCCCUCGCGGUUGGCUAUUUAACAUAACAGCUACGAGUAUUGUUAAUUUAGGAAUUAAUUUUAAAAUGAACAUAUUUCGGCCCAAGUUACAAGAGAAAGCUUGAUUUAUUAAAAAUGAUAAAUGCAUCUCCUUCUACUUAAAAUUCCUACACGCCAGUGGGUUUUCAGCCUCCUUCCAUUGGCCGUGUUAAAAUAGGAAAAUAUGUGUAUUAAAUAUUCAUCAUUAAAAACUGGAAUAAUUAUUAAACAGAAUAAUAAUCGUUUUAAAUUCGUACUGAAUAUAAUAUAGUUUCUCGACUGAGUUUACAAAUAAUUUUACUAUACGAUUAUGCAGUAUAGACAGAAGGUACCUACUUUACAAAAUUAACUCAAGAAAACAGUUUUUAAUAAAGAGAUUUAGAUAUAAUAGGUUUCAUAUAUUAUAUUAUGUAUAUGUAAUUUUCAUUUAUCUAAGAGCAUCAUAUUUUUAGCCACCCCCUUCCUCUCGUUGAAAAAUCCCGCAGAUUACGCCGUCGAUUCGAAAAACACCCGAGUUUAAAAAUGAAACAAGAAAAUUAAUUUCAGUAGGUCGUCGCACAGUUUUAUAAAUUAUAAUUUGCAUCGGCACACCGCGAUCAUAUUAAAUGCAAACUCCUUUCCUUCAACCCUCCCCCCCCACUUAACCAUAUUAAUUAUAGUUACGCCUAAACACCUAAUAGAUACGUGCAAGGCCAUAAUUAGAAAAUAAUUUCAGAGGCUGAAAUAAUUAUUUUUCUACAACAUAAUAUAACGCAUUGUCGGAUUGGAAGAGUAGAACCCCCAAAACGCCCCUCAGGUACGGACUUGGGCGCGUGUAUAAUUAAUGUAUUGUAAUAAUAUGCGUUAUUGAAUCGAUAAUAAUAUGUUGGAUGUAUAUUUUGUACACGUGCGACGAUAGGUUUUUUCAAGAGGACCGUGCAAAAGGGGUCCAAGUACGUGUGUCUGGCCGACAAGAAUUGUCCGGUGGAUAAACGUCGGCGGAACAGGUGUCAGUUUUGCCGUUUUCAAAAGUGCCUGCAGGUGGGCAUGGUCAAAGAAGUGGUCCGAACCGAUUCGCUAAAAGGCCGACGUGGCCGACUGCCGUCCAAGCCUAAGUCGCCACACGGCUCGCCGACCAGUCCGCCUGUGUCGCUUAUCACGGCGCUGGUCCGCGCCCAUGUAGAUACCAAUCCGGAUUUCUCGUCGCUGGACUAUUCUCAAGUACUAAUAUUAUGACCCGGACCCGUUAUCAUAUUCUUAGUAUUAUAAUUGAUCGGUAUAGUGAAUUUUAUCGAAAAACAAAAAGUGUCUAUUACUAGUCACCUCCCAAUAGGAAAGUAAUACAUUUAAUAAUGAUUUAUAAACAAUUCAGACAUUUUCAAACAUCAUACAUCAAUAUAUAUUAUAUUUAAAUAUUAUCGCUACCAUCCAAACUGUUCACCUACCACAGUGACCAACCUAUCGUGCAAAAUAUGUCCAUUUCUUUUUAUUUUGUGUCUAUUAAUAACUUUUCGAAAAGUACCUAUUACUAGCUGAUCAUACCGGCAGUAUUAUAUCGUGUUGUAUAUAUUAUACGGUAAAUGGCGUAAUCAUCAAAAAAUAAAUCUGUCAAUAAGAUACAAAGGUAUUAUUUGUUUGUAUAAUGUGUUUAUAACUACUUUUUUUUUUAACAUGAAAAAUGUUGAAACUAAUAUUCUGGCUACGUGCCUGAAAAAAUACCGGUUAAUAUUCUCAAUAGAAACAGAAAAUAACCGUAUUGACGAUUUUCUAAGAUAAAUCCUAGAGGAUUAGGUUUGUGUAUACUGUAAAUACCUUUUUAUACUACUAAACAUGUAAAUUAUCUUACUUUCUAACGAGGAACAUAUAAGUUUUUCAACAAAUAAUUGAAAUUUGCUUGAAUAAAUCAUGAGUACAAUAAUAUCUUCAUGAGUAUUCAGUUAAUAUAUUACCUACCCUUCGAAUCUUUGUUCAUUUUUAAAUAUAUUAUACCGGUAAUUUACCCAACACUAAUCGUGACGUUCAGUGGCACACACUCAAAUUUGGAUAGCGAUUUGAACGGCUACAUUGAAUUUACCAUCCUCGCUCAUGUCACACCAAUUUAGCAUUACUUUAGGUAGGUAUAUUCUUUAACAACUAAUGUGUACAAUAUUAUCUUCUUUAUAAUAAUUUCUAACAUAUAAUGUACAGUUAUUAUUAGACCGCCACUACCUACCCAAAAGUUUAGGGUAGCAGCUACUACCACAGAACCUUCUAGUGUGUGUUACUGGUAACGUUCUGUUUAAUAUUAUAACUUAUUUGUAAUGUUAUAUAGUAUCACGAGCCAAAACCAUUUGAACCGCUGACCACUGAAGCGGAGAAAAUCCAACAGUUUUUCGGAUUGCUCACGACGUCCGUAGAAGUGAUUAAACAUUUUGCCGAAAAGAUUCCAGGAUUCAAAACUUUGUGCAAGACCGACCAAGAUCUACUGUUUCAAUCAUCGUCUCUAGAACUAUUCGUUCUCCGUCUCGCUUACAGGUAUCUAUACCUAAAUCCUGAAUUCUAAUAACAAUCAAUGGUAGUAAAAUGAUUUAGUCAUAGAAGGGGAGUUGAUUUUUUAAAUAAUUAUUAUUUUUUACAUUGUUUACAUGUAUAUAAAGUCGAGGGGGGAUAUAUCUCCCUUAAUCUCCUUAAAUCAUCUUAAACACGAUACCGUAUGCUUUAAUACUAAUAUCAUUAGGAAGGUAUUUAAAAAAUAAUUAAUUUGUAUAAAACUAACUUCGGUCUUGAAUUCUCGUCUAGAACUAAAUAUGCCGACACGAAAUUGAUAUUUUGUAACGGAACUGUUUUGGACAAGCAACAGUGUUACAGAAGCUUUGGUGAUUGGCUACAAGCCAUAUUGGAAUUCAGUCAAUCAUUACACUCACUGGACAUUGACAUAUCGUCUUUUUCUUGCCUAUGCGCCUUAACUCUGAUCACAGGUACAUUUCUUUAGUGUUUUUAACAAUGACAAAUGCAGAAUAGUUAAGUGCAUUAUAAAUUAAAAAGUGUAAAUAUGUUAAAUAGGUAUGGUGAAAAUCUAGAUUUUUCAUAAUCCAGAUGUUCUAUUGUAGGAAUAAUUCGUAAAUUUAGGUUUCCGAUUUACGUGAGUAAUUAGUGGUGCACAGACGCGUUACAAAGUAAUAUAAUUGUAAGGGCUCUCGUAGAGAGUAGGUGUAGAUUUCAUAGUGUUAUUGGUAUCAUAGAAAAGCUUAAAAGAAGAAAAAGGGCGGGCGGGUAGAUACUUCAGUUAUAUGUGAUCUCAAAAUUUCUCUGAACACCAUUGCAAGAAAUACAUGUAAUGAGUAAAAAGCUUCAAUUGUACUUCCUAUUUUUUAAAAAAAUCAAUUUUUUUAGUUUAACUACAACACACCUAACUAUUAACUAAUUAUGAUGAUGUACUAUAUAUCCCGUAUUUGGGCGUUUGCGUAUAGGCAAUUUUUUCGACAUUAUUCAUAAAAUAUAAUUUUAUCUGCUCAAGAAUAUAUACUUUCUAAAACAUUUACAAGUAAUAGUCCCGUAUCAUUAUCAUCAAUAAUUAUUGUGAAAUCUCGAAAUUAACACAAAUGUUUUUGGAAAAUCCGUUUCGCUCUAGCAAAAACUACGCGGGUUAUAAGCUUAAUUACAAGGAUAGAAAACUUAUUUCAUUUUUUCGUUUUUGAUAUAAAUUUUUUUUUAAUAUAAAAAUAUAAUUUUCGGUUUACGUUUUUAAAAAGAUUUUGAGUAUUACGUUUUUGAUAAAACAAAUUUCAAAAUGUUAUUAAAACAUUUUUGUUUCGUUUCUUCUUUCUGAGAAGUUUAGGUUUAUAGGUAUACAUAUUAAAUAUAAGAUAAAUAUUUAAAAUAUUAUACUACGAUAUUUUUUAAAUUUAUAAUUUUAUAAUAUUAAUAAUUUCUUAAUACAUUUUGUAAACAUUAACAAUUUAUUUUAUUUAUAACAUAAACAAGUUACUUAGGAAUAAUAUGUUAGGUAGUUUAUAUCGCAUAAGUUUGGGUAACUAAAACUAUAGCACUAAACAGCGCUGACUCCAAUAAAUAAUUAUCAACAAUCAGUUAUCAGGAUUACCACUUUUUUGAUAACAGAAUUAUUAUUAUCAUAGACGUACAACAGUGUCCCGUAUACGACAUAACGGAGUUUAAUUUUUUUUUUUUUUUUUCAUGUAUAUAUAUAUAUGUAUAUCGCACAGAACGUCACGGACUCAAAGAGGCGAAAAAAGCGGAACAGAUCCAGAUGAAAAUCAUCAACGCCCUGAGGGAGCACAUUACGUAUAGCAUGUCCGAUUCGCAACGCAAGUCGUACUAUUUCUCUAGAUUGCUCGCCAAACUCCCGGAGUUGCGGUCCUUAAGCGUCCAAGGGCUCCAGAGGAUAUUCUACUUAAAACUCGAGGACCUGGUGCCCGCCCCGCCGCUUAUCGAAAACAUGUUUAUCGCCAGUCUACCGUUCUAAACGCACACAUUAUGUAGCGCGCGCGCGCGCAUUAUAUACAAUUUAGGACGGUUUCUAUUUCAAUCGACCGUUGCGUAGCUCUAGACACGUAUAGAUAUAGGUGCAUCGUAGUAUAGAGUAGGUACCCCACAUAGAUGUUAUUAUAAUCGAUUAUUGUUAAUUGUUUAGCAUCCAUUAUUAAAUAUGUAUUUUAAUAAUAAUUCUAUUCGUAUAAACGUACAUUAUUAUUACAUUAAUUAUUAUUGUCGUUACCUUCGUGAACAUAUUUGUAUUAUUAAAUACAAUCAUUUUAUAAUAACUUAAUAUACUGUUACGUGAACAGUAUAUUACUCGUAUUAUUUUUUAUUAUCAUUCAUUAUUCGCUAUUGGUGUAUAUUUUCGAUAUUUCUCUCGAGUUCGUUAUAAUAAUUAUAAUAUAACCGUCAGUCGCAGGAAAAUUUAUCUCCCGCCGGACUUUAGGGUACGGUCGUGCGGGGCUCAUCCCACUCCUCUGUGGUACCAUAAAUCCUGAACAACAAUAAAGUAAAUAACAAAAGCAGUAAAAGUAGAGAAUCAUUAAAAUUAAAUAAUAUAUUAAAAUCCAAAACGACGCAGUGUAACGUGUCGCGAUAUACGUAUGUUUCUGACCAACGAUUUUCGUAUCUAUUGAUAAAGUUUCCACAAAAUUCCGAACAUGGUCUCGUGCAAUAUUCAGUGUGCUGAUUGGGAGGGUGAUAUGAGUAUUAGGUUACCGUCAUUCUCGUAUUCUUUACUAUGGUGCGUCUUCUUCUCGUGCACUGUAGUAAUAUAGUUAUCAAUCUUUCGUUUGAUUACAACUAAUGACAUACUCCGUGACUCUCUAUUAUUGCGCAUGGUUUGGUUUUCAAUUCCAUCGGUUUUUAUUUUACCCCGUGUCUUUUACAAUCUGUCAAUCUGUAAUUAUGAAUAAGUAUCUGCCUUUAGUUUAUCAUUCGAUGUAGUAGGCACUCACUCUUGUACAGUCCAGCCUAUAGAUUCAUCAUACACAUCAAAUAAAUUAAAUAAUUAAAUCGUGAUUCCUCCAGAUUCUUCUUUUUGCCUCAUGUACCUGGUAUGCAGCCACUUUAUCGUAGGAAAGUUCAUCGCACGACACUUUCUCGUGAAACCAAUUCACCACGAGACACAUCAUCGCAAAACGCGAAUGAUGAAAUGGAUUUAAAUAUGUUAAUUUAUAAUAUAAAAAUUCAGAAAUCGGUAAAACCGCUUAAAAGCUACAAAACAUAAAUACAAAAUGAACUUGCUGACACACACCGUUUGUAAUUUUUAAAUAUGAUAACCGCGCAAAUAAAUUCGAUUAGACGCGGCACUAUUGUAAGUUGUACUAUAAUAUUGUAACAGAAUUCCCCGUAUUAUUGCAGUGUAUAAAUGCGAGAGGUAAAACGAUAGAUUUUAUAAAACAACAAUAAAAAUAAAUACAUAUUUUGUACUUAACGUGUUCGUUCUGAAUAAAUAGUUCUACAUUUACAUUCCUGUGUAUCCCUCCAAAUUAAUAAUAUUUCAUGCGAUAAAGUGUCUUAUGCGAUAAUACGAAAUAUUUAGGAGAUGAAGUAUUGGCGAUGAACUGUCCCGCAUAAAGUGUCUGUAAACCGUUUACCCGCCUUACACGCACAACGCUAUACGUUAUACUAUUGGAGGUUCCCAUAUUCUCUCCACUCUUUUCUAUCACUGUCUAUCCUCUUCAUUUCUCUGUAAUUUGUCAGCGCCGCAUCAGGAAUCAUAUCAUUAUUAUAUGAUAUUCUUGGUCGUCCUCAGUCUCUUUUGCCAUUUUUUUUCCUCUCGUCUUUUAUAAUAUUUAGAAGCUCAUAUAUUUAUCUCAGAACGUGUUCAGUCGUAUUCCAUCUUCUAAUUUGAACUGUACUGAGUAUCUUUCUUGUUCCAUUUACCGGACACCUAAAUAGUACUUAUUGCUAAUAAAUUUAGGUAUCUACUUUUACAACAAUACUUUAAAAGUGAAAAAAAUUGACUUUAAAAUAAUUAACAUAAAUACGGAAUAAUUAUAAAUAAUAUAUUUACACAACACACCUACUAAUCAAUAAACUUCCAAUACCGUUUUCGGUUUAAUUAAUAUACCCACGAAGGGUUUGUUAUGUGAGCGCCGAUGCGGUCGGUACAUUCACGAUCAAGACUUUUUCGUGUCAUUUAGAACACUUUUCGCGGGUGGUUUUGUAUCGGGUCAUAAUAAAAAAUACAACACAAGUAAGGUGUUUACUACUACUUUUACAUAUUGGGAAUGAGAAUGAUAAAUUAGAAAAUAAAUAUACUUUUUUAAUUUUUACAUUUAUAUUUCCUUUAACUAUCAAAAAAAAAUUAUGUAUGUAUGUCAGUGGCGUAUCUGGAGCUCAAUCAAGAAGCAAGCAGUUUAAAAAUUGUAAUACACUACAAAAUAGCGCGAGGGGGCUUUCCUCGUUCCAAAAAAAAAGCAACAGUUUUUUUUUUUUAAACAUAAUUCCUCUCCUUGGCAAUUAAAAAAAAUAGUUAAUAAGUAUAAACUAUAGUUAAUAAUAUAUAUAUAUAUAAAAAAAAAAAACACUAUGAUAUGUUAAUUAUAUUAUAUAUGUUACGAUCAAAAGUCGAAAUCGGGCAAAUUUUAGAAAUGUGAGAAAUCGAAAUUAUAUACGAUAUGGUUUUGCCCAAAUGAUAAUCACUUACUAUAUAGAUUUGUCCGGAAAAAAGCCGAAAUAUGACGUUUUGCAUAAGUAUAGUGGACAUUUCGCGUUUUGCCCGGGUAUGUUAUGUAUUUUAGACAAAAAAUUGCCUUAGUUAUAUCAUUAUAACUACUUUUUAGUAACGCUGAUAAAAAUACCCAAGAAAUAAUAAAUAAUACGGUUAUAAAUACUAUAUUAUUUAAUUGCCUAUUAGAGCUAUAGCCGUGAUUGAAAAAUCACAGCCAAAAAAUUUCAAGGAGGUUACGAUCCAUCUAUUGCCCUCCCCCUCAAAUAUGCCACUGAUAUAUGUAAAGGCAGAACAUAUUAAUGUAUAGAUCUUAACUUGUUUAUAUUCAUUCAGGCCUGAGUUUUGUGAUUUUAUCUAUAAUUCUUGUUUGAAGUUUCAUUACAGUUACUUAUUUGAAUAUUUAAUCGGGAAAAUAAUUAGUUCAAUUAUUACCUAAAAAGUUACAGCAUCAAAAUUCAUUGAAAUAGUACAAGGGUUGAAUUUCUGAAAAUUAUAUUAUUUUAAGCGAACAAAUAGAUUGUAAGUAAUUUGUGUUUUAUUUGGUAACAAAGCAAAAAUCACAGGAAUAAUGUUUGUUUCGCUUGAUGCACUUCCAAUAUCUAAAAAUGAAUUUUGUAUAUUUGAAAAAUGUAUAUCACAAUAUCGCCCGGAAUAUCAAUAUUCAACUAAUUAUUAAAGUAUUUAACCAAGUAUACAACCCGCUUGUAUUAUAUUUUACUCAUGACAGCAAGUAUCCUGGUACUCAAUUACUGACACGAAAUCGUCUUAAAUGCAGUAUAAGUAUAAUUGAAUAGUAGUUGAUUGAAACCCUUUAUACAACUCAAAUAAUCGAUGAUAGUUUCGGUUACAAUUAAAUUAUUUAAAUUAUGUUUUUUCGUGUUUGCGUGUGUGUACUUGAGUUUACUACAAUAUAGUAUUAUAUAAGUACCUAUACAGUUAAUGAAAAAAAGUUUUUUUUUUUUUUUUUUUUUUUUUUUUUAAAAAUGUAAACGGAAACAUCAAACAUUAUAUUAUUAUAAUGUACGGAGUUUAUAAUAAUAUAGGUUGCAUUUAUUAUACCUAAUAAUUAAAUAAUUAAUAUUAUUGUAUAAUUUGUAGUUUUUAAUCAUGCUAACGAGUCUAAAAUGAUUCUGUUUAUAUAUUAUAUUUUCAACACUUUAUAUAUUUAAUACAUAAUUAUGUAAGUAUCAACGAGAUUAUUGAUUAUUAUCAUUAUUAUUAUUAUUAUUAUUAUUAUUAUUAUUAUUAUUAUUAUUAGUAGUAGUAGUAGUAGUAGUAGUAUUAUUAUUACGUUGUUUGUAAAAAUAUUGUUUAGUUAAUUUAAACUUUCCCCCCCCCUACUAUGGCCGCCGGUAAAAUAAUAUUAUUAAUUAUUCCCUCUGUAGUAGUGUCAUUUUAUUUUAGAUAUAUAUACAUUAUAAUUAAUGGAAAUAUGUACUGAAAUUGUAAACCUUUAAUAUUAAUAAGCUUAUAGUACCUAUUAUUUUUAUCCUCGUCAAUUGUGUUACGCAUUAGUAUAUUAAUUGUUCAAUAUACUCUUACUACGUGUCAUAUUGUAUUUUAUAUAGUACCUAUGUAAUUUAUAUAAAAUAAUUAUAAAAUAUUAUACUAUUACACAUAUUAUUAAGAACCAAUAUUUAUUGUUUGUGAAAAAGAAUACUUCACUAGCUAUUUGGCUGUUUGAGUAUAGGUUUAUAAUAUUAGAUUAAAAUUAUAUCGAUGUAUUUCUAUUACUUUAAUGACGUAUAAGUAUAGGUAAUAUAUUAUACGAACCGAUUGUACAUUUUCACCAGCAUCUAAAAUUCUGGUCUUGUCGUACUAAUAGCAUCCGGUUGUCGGAAAAACGAUUUGUAAGGGAAUUGUAGCCGCGCUAUAACACCGAUGUUGAAAAAAUAUCGUCCACGUUCACAAAGAAGUCGGUGUCCGUGUUCUACAUGAAAACCUAUAGAAAUUAAAAAGAGAGGGUGGAAAAUGGAAAAUGCUACGUCGUAAGAUAGAUGAUAUUUCGAAAUGAAAAAUUCACGUAUAGUGGAGCGAUAAUGCAACAAAAACCGUAUAUGAAAUUGCGGAGUUAUGAUAUUUUGAGUGGGAAACGGUUUGCAACUUCAGUGAAAUAUUUUGUUCUUUAUCGAUGUUUUCACAACUAGCGAAAUUCGGCCCGAAUUCAGGUACCUCGAUUGCGUCCCAAAUAAAUAUAAGUAUUAUUAUAGAAAGUGUAGAUAAUGGCCAAAUAUAGAUGGUUCAGAUCAAGGGCGAACGCAGAAACAAUUUCAAGGGAGUUUUGCAAAACAUAUCUAUUUCAUUUGGCCAUUGUAAUUAUUUAAAAUUCAAAUACAAAUUAAAGGGUAAUUUACAACUCCC